AGAGCGCAGAGCUUUCAGAGCAGCGAGGAAAGACCUCUCCUGGCUCAUAUUUCUCAGUGAUUCCUCUUUUGGUUUUUUCCUCCUCCCUCUUCUCACCCCGCACCGCCCGCACUGCCCCGCUUCUCCAUUAGCGUGCUCCACGGACUCCUGACACCGCUACAGCAUCACCGGCACCGGCACCGGGGGACGGUCAACGGACUAUUCGGACCCUGUGGCUGGAAGCGGGUUCACUCCGCAGCUCACCGUAAGUCCCCGUUAAUGGGUCUCUUUCAUAUUUUUUUCCUGACGAGCCGGAGUUCACACAUUGACAGCGACCGUCCACUUACAUCUCAAAACCCCGUUUAGAAAUUUGUUGAUUUUAGACUUUUUCACUUUGCGCUUGAAAUACACAGCUCCUGAAACUCUACAUGAUAUUAUGUGGAUCUACGCAACACAGUGGGUAACACGGCGUGUUUACUGAACUAAAAAAAGCUGUGCUGUUGGCUUAAUUAGAACUUAAUGAGCGGAGCAACGCGACUCAGCGCAGUGCAGCCGGGGAAUUUCUGUCGUAGAAGUGCAACAGAUUUCUGAUUGUACUGUCAGAGUUGGAGCUGCAGAAUGUUUUGUUUGUACGCCGAAUUAGUCAACCUGUCAAGAUGAAGAAGAAAAUCUCUUUAAUCAUUUCAUAAAACAACACUUAUUUACCUUUAAGUCAAUUCUUCUAAAAUUAGUAGAAUAUUCAAUGGCGUUUGGCGUGACUUUGGCUUGACGCGCUGCAAACAGGAUUCCAUUCGUAUCUGCAGCAAAACUCAUCACUCGAAUGUUUAUUUAUUAUUUUAAAGCUUUAGAGUGAGCAAUAUUAUUACAUGAUGGUUGCAUAUGUUUUGUAUAUUUCAGAAUUUUUAUGUUUCUAUUUUGAACAAAUCAGCUGGUUUGGUUAGUGUAAACAAAACCUUGUGGUAAAGCGCCCAUUAAGGUUAGGGGUUUUCAGCCUAAUGUAAAGCAGAACUUCAACUACUGAAUUGAUAUCUGCCUGUUCGUGCUCUAAUAGCAAAUAUCCCUUCAGAAAAUCACCUUGUUGUUUUCCCCAUGUUUGAUAUUGUUGCUGUCUUCUUAUAUUCCUCCAGACAUGUUUCAUAAAGCUGGUUUUUCCCUGGUCUGUUUGUCUCCAUUAGAUCUGCUGUCUCUGUGCUUAGGGUGACAGACAGUGUGAGCUUCAGUUUAAUGGACAGUGAGUGUAGAAAUCAAUAAAACACCACCAGGCAAGUUUGGAUGACUCUAAUAUUCAUGAUGCAGAACCUGCUGCGCACAGACCGCUGUUCAGAGACCGGUUUUGGAUCAGCAAAGAAAACAAAAUAAUGGGCGUAUGAGUUUGUGUUUAAACCUGUUAAAACUUUGACAGUCCGUCCUGCUCCUGCUGCAGGGAUGAUCAUUGAAUUCUCACAGUAGGCCUGGGCGAUUUGGCAAAAAAAAAAAAAAGAUCCCGAUAUAUUUUGUCAUAUCAUCCGAACUCGAUUAUUAUCAUGAUUUUUUUUUUUUUAGUGCCAGUUUUAAAGCAUCUGUACUAAAAACUAAAGAAACUAGAGAUUAGUUCAACAUUUUAUUAACAUACAAAGAGGAUAACAAAGAAUAAGAUACACUUAGAAAAAUAUUAAAACCAUUUUAACGCAACAGUACAACAAAUGUAGAAAAAUACUAAAUAAUACAGUGAACUAGUUUUACAGUCCUGAGUGUUUUUGCAGGUAUGCAAGACCCAAAAUAAAUCGCCCCCUUAGAGAUAAAGAAGAUGCCUUAAAAUGUCAACAUUAGAUGAUGUAAACGUAGAUGAUACAACUGAUUGCUGCUUUGGUCUGGAGGUGGCACCGCUAGUUGUAGCUAAACUGCUAAUGCUAGCUGUGCCGUCAGCAGUGUCAGGCUGUGCAGACUCCACUCGUAUUUUCAUGCUUUCCACAUAAUCACUAGGGAAGUGCUUCUUCAAAUGAUUACACAGAUUUGUUGUGUUGCCAGUUUUUGAGGGCAUCGACCGCUGACAUACCUUACACAUCAGCUUAAUUACUCAACGUCACUUUGGAGAUACCCGAACCACCGCCACACAACCGACGUUGAAUAACUUUACUUCUCCUGUUUACUUCUCCGGCAACUUACAGAAGUGAGCAGGAAAAGCUCGACUCUGAUUGGCUGUUGUGACGCACAUUUCCGCCAUGUUUGAUAUGUUCACAGCUGAUCACUGUGAUCGAACUGAAAUUUAUCACAAUCAUCAAUCACGAUCAUAUAAUUGAAACUUCAAAUCUACAAAGGCUGUCGGAUAGGGGAUGGGAAUCGAGAACUGGUUCCAAAUAGUUCAAUCCAUCAACAUCAUUAACAUUUUAUCAUUAUCAUUAACGAUUCCCAUAACGCUUCCUAUCUUCUGGGUGCUUUAAAAAACGGUCUUGCCAGUCUACGCAAACCACAGAAAGAAAAACAUGGCGGAUGGUACGAAAAGUAGGCAGAAACGAUUAGAAGUGUGGCUUCAUUUUACUAAGAAAGAUGACAACAGCGCAACGUGCAAUGUUUGACAAGCAGUGAAAACAUGCUUUCAAAACAUGUCGCUGGUGUUUCCACCAGCGACAUGCUUAAACAUUUGUCAACGGGGCACAGCAUCAAAUAUUAAGGAGUCACAUGUAUUGGCAUGCAUGCACUGUCUUUGGGAAUUUUUGGGAAAACACUCGACCCAACCCCAAAAAAACUCAAAAUUUUGCGCACAACGCCACCCCACAUAGCAGUGUCCUUUUUUGGGGGGAUUUAGAAUAUGGUCACCCGAACAUAUGUCCUGUGUUAACAUGAGCACAAUGCAUGCCAGACUUAGCAACGUAUGUGUUUGGCGUAUGCUGCAUUGGAGUUACCUCGGAAGUCAGAUGUUGGGUUACUAGCGUUUCAGUUACCAAGUCAGAAAAAAGCAAAAUCGGAGGCGGAAACAAGAUGUUGCAGAAGGACUGCAUAUUUGACCAGAGGUUGCUUAUAUUCAGACAAGGCAAGCGCUAAAAAUAACUUUUGUAGAUGUAGCCAUCUUUUUUCUGCCUCUGAUUCUCCAGCGCCGACAUCUGACCUCCUUGGUAGCUCGAACAGAGCAUUAAUAAUGACCCAAGUAAAUGCUGUAAAAAUAGUUUGCUGUUUGAUUAUUUUCAGACUCUCACAGAAGGUGGCAUACAUCUUUUUUUCAGUGAAAUUUUGAGUUAACAGUGAAAAUGUCUACUUGUUUUUUUAAAUCAAAGAAAGGCGUUGAAAAGAAAAUCAUUAAAGAAUUGAAUCAACAAGCAGAAUCGAUAACAUCAAUAUCGAUAAAAUUUCAUCAAUUCCCUUCCCUACUGUCGGAUCAUGCUCAGUUUGUCUGUGAUCCAUCUUAACAUGUCAGAACGGGUUUAUUCCCCUUUUUUCAGUGUAGGUGCUCCUAAUGAUGAAUUCAGACUCUUUUUGUAGAUCAGAUCUAAAUCUGACUCUGUCGGCUCCUAAAGAGUGACAUGCACAUCAUGCUCCUGCCUCAGUGUAAAAACUGUCUCUGACACAGCACUGCAAUCAUGCUGAGGAGUUUAGUAAUGCUAUCGUGAUAAUGCAAUAGUUUGGGGGAAUCAUUUUUAAAAAUAAACGUCCACAUUUAACAUAAAUACUAGGGCCCGACCAAUUUAUCGGUGAGCCGAUUAAAUCGUCCAAUUUUAGCCCGUGUGAGACUAAUCAGUAAUCGUCCAAAACUCACAGAUUUUCGUCGAUAUUUUCAGAAAUAAAAUGCAGAGAAUAAGAUUCGGUUUCACUUUGAAAAUAUUCUGCCAUUUGAAAAGUUCCCCGACUUAUCCUGUAGAUGGCGCAGCGACCUCAUGACAAUCUUCAUCCAUUAGUGACGGAUCUGAAGCAGGCAGCUCAGGGACGCACGGAGGAGAGUGGUCCGCCUCAACGGUAAAUAAACCAGUUUGUGAAAUACACAAUAAGUCAACAAGUUUCAGUUCAACCCACUUCACCAUGUUCCCUGCUGUACUGGUCUCGGUCAUGCCGAGUUAACGGUGAAGCACCAUGUAAUAUGCAGCUAAAGUUAGAGUUAGCCACCUGCUAUUAGCCUUGCUACACUGUUAGCCGUGCCAGUAACGGUAGAAUAGACAACAGUACACAUUACGUGAUCGAGCUACUUCUCUUACUGAGGGAGUUGCAUGUCUCCAGAUGAGGCUGGACCAAAAAUAUAUAAUGUGAGUUAAGACGCGGAGGCACCGAUCGGCGUCGGCGGCGGGGGGGUUGAAAACGCUUUUCUGAUCCAAGUUUGAUCAGUCGGUCUUCCUGUCAGCGUGAGGAUAUCUACAGUGUGUAUACUGUAUUUUUUUAUAACUUUAUGACAAUUUUAAAAAUCGUCCGAUUAAUCAGAUUUUUUCCUCCCUUAAUAAUCAGUAUUGGCAUCGGCCCCAAAAAAUCCAUAUCGGUCGGGCCCUAAUAAAUACUAACAGACAAACAGACCUGUAUCUGCAGAGCUCCUCAGUCCUCCAAAACAAACUCCUAAUGACAAACUCAGACACCCUGCUGUCAAUAACAUGAGCUCAUUUUUUAGGUCAGAGUUGGUUCAUAAUUCAACAAGUUUGUAGAAAGCUUUAUUUUUUCUUCUCCCUUUUCUAAUUUUUUUCUUAAUUAUUACAUUUAUUUAAGUUCUUAAUAUUAGGACCCUGUUAUAACUGCAUUUUUGCACUUUUUGUCUUGUCUGUGAUGCUGCUGUGACAAAAAAAUUUCCCCCAUGGGGGAUCAAUAAAGGAAUAUUCUAUUCUAUUCUAUUCAGUGUGGUUGAAGUAAGAUGCAGUGAUUUAAAUAACCUUUAAAGAAGCAGGUCCACCUUAAUGAAACUCUUAUUUUCACUGUAUUGAUCUUUGGUGAUGCUGCAGAGGGCUGCGAGCUGAGCUGCCACAACAAGAUGCACAGUAACUUGCUGUCUUUACAUUUUUAGAUCGAUGCAUAUUGAGUAAAGAUUAUUAAAACUCCUGAACCACAGCUGUGGUUCUCCAGCAUGAAUUUGGUGGUUAAACUGUACUUGUUCCCUGUUAAAAAGUCAAAGUGUAGCUCCUUGUUUUCUUGUCCGAGUUUGUGUGUCUCUCAGAGUUCAUUAAACUCUGAUGUGUUACAGAUCAAACCGCCCUCGGCUGCAGCUGAACGCCGACUCUGUGAAUUCAUUUGAGCUGCGAUUACUUCUGGCCUCUGCAUGGCUCGCCUCCCUUCGCCUCGACUCGCUGCAGGCUCUUUUUUUACUCGCUCUCGUCUUCCACUUAGCCUACAUGCUCAGAAAUAGAAGGCAAAAGGCGGAGGACAAAGUUGAGUUCAUGCACGAGUAUUUAAAUUCAGUCAGUGUGACUCGGUCUGUGGAAAUAUUCAGGAGAAUGAAUCUAUUCUGCUGCUUUUACUGACUUAAAACCCUGAAUAUACUCCAAACUGAGUGUUUUUGGACUUAUCUGAAUGGUUAUCUAAAACCUUUGAUUGGAUUGACUGCAGGAAUAAAGGACAGAAAGUGAUUUAAGUCUCUUUGUGUCUUUGAUAAAAGAAGCUCAAAGAUGCUCUUCUCUCUGUAGUUUCUCAGACUCAGCUUCAGGUCAAGCCUCAGGGUCUUUUCUCAGGGAUCAGCUGAACAUUUCCCGGUAUCUAAAUCCUCUUUUAGAGAAUUAACAAGCUUCCAGAUUAACCUUUUCUUAAACUAGUCAGUCAUUUCUUAAGGAGCUGAACCUUUUUUAAAAAAAAACAGAAACAGGUUUGACAUCUUUCUCUACAGAGAAUCCAGACUUCAUUCAUGAAAACUUUGAUUUUUCUCCCUGAAAAGAGAAGUUGCUGCUCUGCCUUUGCUGUGGAUUGUGGUUGGCUUUAUGAUAAAUCCAUGUCAGAAAGAGGAGAUUCAUAUUUAAAUGUUAGAAAGCUGUGAGAGAUCCUGGUCUCAGUGAGGAUCAGCAGAUGGUUUCUAAAAAUGGGCUGCAAUCACGCCUGCUCAGGUGAGAAGGAGCUGAGAGGAGUGAGAUUAUCUGCGAUGUCUGCAGGAGAGCAGAAGUUUAGAGAUGACGGUGUCUACUCUAAAGUGAGGAUUUAGGAGAGUUUGGAGGAAGUGUUUCUCCAGCAAAAAAAGAAGUGAUAACUAGAUACUUUUGGCGUGACAUAUGCAAAUGGACAAAAUGGGUGAAAACAGCGGAAUAACUCUGUAACCGUGCGUCUUGGAAAAAAAUCCAUGCGUGCAAGUUCAAAGAUCUCGUUAAGACACACGUGCCUGUAAAAUUUCAGGCAGAUCGUAAGAAGUCGACGUUCCUGACGCUCUGUAGGAGGCGCUAGCGAGCCAUUUUUUAUCGCUUUUUUUGGGGUCACUUUAUAACCAUGCGAUUUUCACCGGGCCUGACCUGCCUGCAAAUUUUCAUGAGUUUUCGAGGUCGUUCAGGGGUUCAAAUUUGCGUUUUGGAGGCAGUAAAAUGAUAAUAAUAAUAAUAAUUACAAUAAUGAUAAUAAUAAUAAUCAAGAACCCCUUGGAUUACAAUAGGGCUUCGCUGCAGAGCUGCGAUCUCAGCUCGGGCUCUAAAAAUAAGAAAGUAACACUGAAGACUGAUUCAUAACUGUCUAAGAGGAUUCUGCAGAAACUUGAGUUAGUUUUACAUUUUACUUUUACCGUGGUGCACUUCACAAUCUAAGCAGAUCGUCUCUCUGCAGUAAUACAUUUAUUUUUAUUAAUAUUGCAUCAUUAAUCAUUAUUAUUAUCUAUUAUUAUAAACAAGUCCUAGUGCAGAAGCAAAGUCUGAUGAGAUCAGGUUGCUACUCUUUAGCCGCAGCUCCACAUUCGACUCUUCGACCCCACCUCAGUGCAGCAGAUAUUUAAAAUAUUCAGUUCACACCAAAAUAACUCUUCUUAAAAAUCUAUUAAGAAUUCAUGGAACUCCAAAGACUCAUUAAACUAAAAAAAACUUGUCCCUGCAGCUUUAUUUCGAAAUAAUCUGCAGUCUUAUUUAGAAAUAUUGUGCAGUAUAAGGACCUCUCUCCUCUCCUCUAACUGAAACAUCAGCUGAUUAAAUUGAGGGUCUGACGUGUAAAUUUGUCAGCUCGCCUCACUCAGUUUUCCAUCAGAUUUCUGCUGCGUCAGACUCUGAGCAGAGAUCUAAGUUUAGCGACGUUUCUCCUCCUGUUCCUCCUCCUGUCUCCUUUUUUCUCCCUUCUGGAGGUCAGAGGAUGUUGUACUUUCCCCCCCUCUGGUCUCUGGGAUGAAGUCGAGCAUAGUUACAGAGAUUCUGAAUCAUGUAUCGUCACUCUCACCUGCUCUGUUUCACCUGCAGGUUCAGGUGUGAAAGGUUUUUCAGAUUUGAACGCAGGUGUUUGAAUUCUCAAGAGAUGCGACUGAAUGAAGAGAGCAGCUUUCAUCAUUUGACCUCUCAGAUUUAAAAAUGAGGUGAUUUAAUCUGAAGGUUUUUUCUUAUAUCUGUAGCUUCCUGAAAUAAAAAUCUGCUCUGUGAUUAUCUUAAACUUGAUAUGAAAACUUUUGUUAAAAAUUCAGAUUUUCUUGUUUAAUAAUUGCAAUCAGAUAGUUUGAUGUUCUUUUUUGCAACACAAUGUAAAAAACCAAAAGACUUAAGAAAAUCCAGAAACGAAAGUGAAAAUAGAUUAGAGAAUAAAUGAUAAAUCCCUCAAUUAAACUUCAGAGGUAGCACUUCAAUAAUAAAACUCAAAUAGAUAAACUGUUUAGUAGUGGUGGGAAUCACCAGUGGCCCCACAAUAUGAUAUUAUCAUGAUGCUUUGGCCACGAUACAAUAUUAUUGCGAUUUUUGACAUUUUGCAGUACAGUGAAUAUUGCGAUAUCAUAUAUUGUGAACUGUUUAGCUAAUUUAGCAUUUGUCUUUCCUUUAUGUUUGUCUUAUUUACACAGUAUUUUAUUUUCAUGUAGCACAUCUUGCAAACCUUCUGUGUCAGGUCCAUCUCAUUCGUGCUCUGUUUGCAUUCCUAAUGUCUUUCCCAAGGUGCUGCUAUAUUUGUUGUACAAACUGUCACCUCUGCCAACCCCACCGGACAAACCUUUGAUUUUAUUUAGGGCCCAAUCGAUUUAUCGGCAAGCCGAUUAAAUCAGCUAAUUUUAGCCCAUUUGAGACGAAUCGGUAAUCGUCCAAAACUCACAGAGUUUUGCAGAUAUUUUCAGAAAUAAAAUGCAGAGAAUAAGAUUCGGUUUCACUUUGAAAAUGUUCUGCCAUUUGAAAAGUUCCCCAACUUAUCCUGUAGAUGGCGCAGAGACCCCAUGACAAUCAUCCACUAACUACCUCGCAGCACAGCAGAGUGACGGAUCUGAAGCAGACAGCUCAGGGACGCACGGAGGAGAGUGGUCCACCUCAACGGUAAAUAAACCAGUUUGUGAAAUACACAAUAAGUCAACAAGUUUCAGUUCAACCCACUUCACGAUGUUCCCCGCUGUGCUGGUCUCGGUCACGCCGAGUUAACGGUGAAGCACCAUGUAAUAUGCAAGCUGAAGUUAGAGUUAGCCACCUGCUAUUAGCCUUGCUACACUGUUAGCCGUGUCAGUAACGGUAGAAUAAACAACAGUACACAUUACAUGAUUGAGCUACUUCUCUUACUGAGGCAGCUGCAUGUCUCACGGCACAGAUUGAUGGGGGUAGUUGAAAACGCUUUUCUGGUCCGAGUUUCAUCAGUCAGUCUUCCUGUCGGCAUGAAGAACAGUAGCCUAUCUGCAGUAUACCGGAUACUGUAGAUAUCAACAGUAGAUAUAUAUUUUUGUAACUUUAUCUUAAAAUUAAAAAAAAUCAGCCGAUUAAUCAGUUACUGGAAUUUUUUCCCCCCUCAUAGUCGGUAUCGGCCCCCAAAAAAUCCAUAUUGGUCGGGCCCUAAUUUUAUUUUUUCAUUAUCAUUGAUUUGACUUCAUAUUUACAAUUAAUUCGUAAAAUUGAUACUUGGUAAAUGAGACGAUACGAUAUAUCAUCAGAAAAAACAUUGUUAUACUAUGCUGUAUCAAUAUUUUCUCCCACCCCUACUGUUUCUACUCUCUGCAUCAGAGACCAGAUUUCUUCCUAAUUUAUCUGAAUGUUUUCCUGUUCAUUGAUAGCAUGACUGUGUUGCUCAACUUGGCUUGAAUACGGUGGCCCUAAACUGUCAACUGUACAGAUCUCAAUAAUAAUAAUGAGAAAUAAGUAGAAUACCAAAAAUAUAAUGGUGGAAAUUUUCUUAUAACACAAAGAAGAUUUCGUUAACAGCAGAAAUAUUUCAUGAAAUGCAAAAAUAUUUCAAAAGGCUGGAAAUACUUUGCAAAGCAAAAUUGUCAAAAACCAAAAAUAAUGUUGAGCUAUUCGAAAAUAUUUAUAUGUGAUGUUUUCUCAAAUGGGUUUGCUGCAGGUGGGGUAGAGCUUCUUGAGAAAUCAAAAUCAGAUUGAAGCAGGUAAACAUUUCCAUGACAACACAGAAAUCAUGGCCCCGUCUUCAACUCUGAUAGUUUCCUGCAGUGGUCAGUCAAAAAAAGGACAUGUUUGAAAACAGAAGCAGAAAUGUCUCUGCACUAAAUGCUGAUGUUUAAAAUGUUUUCUCGGAUCUCUGUCCUCCCCAUCAUGAAGUCACCUUGUCUGUCUCCCUGCAGCAGCAUCACCCCCCAUCCAUCCACCCCCCCACCCCCCACACACGAAAUAUUCCUCUUCCUCUGGGGAAAUACAGACUCUGCUGACGUGUUGUUUCCUUCUGACGUUGAACGCAUAAUUAAAUUUCCGAUUAAAACCAGGUUUGUUAUCACGUUCAGAUGCCCGAACUCUGGACUCUGUUGCUUUUGGCUUUGACUCGACUUUAAAUCCAAACAUGAGGCAUCAGAGGGAGAUCCUAGAGAAAUCUAGAAAAACCAUCCUAUGAAGUCUGUUUCUCACCUCCAGCAGCAGCAGAUCUGGCUCUGACACUCAGGAUCAGCCCUCGUCGCUCUGUCCUCAUUUAGUUGUCCUGUCAGGAGCGAUCACGGAGAGUCGGGGUCGCCUCUGCAGAGUUUGUAUCCUCAGUUAACCUCUACACUCCAACAUCCACCUCCAGGCUGCGGCUGCACAGACAGAGAAUCAGGUAGAAUUAGUGGAGAGUGAGCACGAUGAUGAAGAUUCUGCAGGACAGAAAUAUCCCAGCAGACCUUAAAUGCCACACAAAUAUACGAGUCUUUUAAAUAUAGCUGUAUAAAUUCUCUGAGUACGUGUGUUUGCUGCACAAGUUAAAUGAAGACAAGUUUUGCAAGUGACCAAAUUUUAUUCCUUUUUCAAGUUAUGUUAUUUUUUGUUUCAAAAAUCUGAAACCUGCUUGAGAAGCUAAACAUACAAAACCCAAUUCCACUGAAGUUGGAAAAUUGUGAUAAACGUAAAUAAAAACAGAAUACAAUGAUUUGCAAAUCCUUUUCAACCUAUAUUCAAUUGAAUACACUACAAAGACAAGAUAUUUAAUGUUCAAACUCAUAAACUUUAUUGUUUUUUUUGCAAAUAAUAACUCAGAAUUUGAUGGCAGCAACACGGGACAAAGAAGUUGAGAAAGGUGGCAAAAAAAAUGAGAAAUUUGAGGAAUGCUCAUCAAACACCUAUUUGGAACAUCCCACAGGUGAGCAGGCUCAUUGGGAGCAGGUUGGUGCCAUGAUUGGGUAUAAAAGCAGCUUCCCCAAAAAUUCUUAGUCAUUUACAAGCAAGGAUGGGGCGAGGUUCACCACUUUGUGAACAAAUAGUCAAACAGUUUAGGAACAACGUUUCUCAAAGUACAAUUGCAAAGAACUCAGGGAUUUCAACAUCUACGGUCCAUAGUAUCAUCAAAAGGUUCAGAGAAUCUGGAGAAAUCACUGCACGUAAGCGGCACGGCUGGUAACCAACAUUGAAUGCCCGUGACCUUCGAUCUCUCAGGCGGCACUGUAUCAAAAACCAACAUGUGCAAGUUAAAACUCUACUAUGCAAAGGGAAAACCAUUCAUCAACAACAUCCAGAAACGCCGCCGGCUUCUCUGGACCUGAGUUCAUCUAAGAUGGACUGAUGCAAAGUGGAAAAGUGUUCUGUGGUCUGACGAGUCCACAUUUCAAAUUGUUUUUGGAAAUAGUGGACAUCGUGUCCUCCGGGCCAAAGAGGAAAAGAACCAUCCGGACUGUUAUCGACGCAAAGUUUAAAAGCCAGCAUCUGUGAUGGUAUGGGGGUGCAUUAGUGCCCAAGGCAUGGGUAACUUACACAUCUGUGAAGGCAACAUUAAUGCUGAAAGGUACAUACAGGUUUUGGAGCAACAUAUGCUGCCAUCCAAGCAACGUCUUUUUCAUGGACGCCCCUGUUUAUUUCAGCAAGACAAUGCCAAGCCACAUUCUGCACGUGUUACAACAGCGUGGCUUCGUAGUAAAAGAGUGCGGGUACUCGACUGACCUGCCUGCAGUCCAGACCUGUCUCCCAUUGAAAACGUGUGGCGCAUUAUGAAGCGUAAAAUACGACAACGGAGACCCCGGACUGUUGAACAACUGAAGCUGUACAUCAAGCAAGAAUGGGAAAGAAUUCCACCUUCAAAGCUUCAACAAUUAGUCUCCUCAGUUCACAAACGUUUAUUGAGUGUUGUUAAAAGGAAAGGUGAUGUAACACCAUGGUAAACAUGAUCCUGUGCCAACUACUUUGGCACGUGUUGCAGCCAUGAAAUUCUAAGAUUAUUAUUAUUUGCAAAAAAAUAAAAAUAAAGUUUAUGAGUUUGAACAUGAAAUAUCUUGUCUUUCUAGUGUAUUCAAUUGGAGCUUCAAUGGAAUUGGGUGUUAUAAAAUAGUCCAAUCAACAAUUAAAAGAGAGAUCAAUAUUUAGUUUAUGUCAGAUUUUGCAAAAUAAUUACAAAAAAAUAUAUAUAACACUAGUAAUGUGGAAAUAUGUUCAAAUUGUUUUCUUCACCCUCCUCAGGUUAUUUGAGUUCUGAGCAUUUUAAAGUUUUUUAAUUUUCUUGUUUUUACAAGACUUGAAUUCACACGUACUUGAAUUCGAUGUCUGCUGUUAUCCUCCAGAAAGAGAAGCUGCAAAAAGGCUGGGACAUAUUUCUCAUAUCCCUCCUUCUUUUGUUUGAGACAAUAACACUAAUAAACCCAAAGAUAAAAGCAGCAACAGAUGAGCCACUUUUGUGUUUUAUAAGAGAUUACUAAAAGAAAAAAAAUUAUUUCUACAGAAGCAUAUUGCAUUCACUUACAAAAAAAAAAAAAGGAAACUGUUCAUUUUGGGUAUUUUUUUUCUUUGCUGUCUGUUGGACUAGUUUUUUCUUCUGUUUUUUUUUGUACUAUUAUAUUUUUGCCUCUUUUUCCUCUUUCUUUUUUUCGGGCUAUAUUUUCCCCUAACUAAGAUACUUGAAAAUUCCUGCGAGAAUCUCAUACAAUCAGAUAAUGUUAACCAUCGCGGCUUCUCCAAAAUAGCAGAUUCUCCAGUUCCUGGAUAACUACGACUCGGGGGUCAAUGAGAGUAAAGCAUGUUGUUAGUAAAACAUAGGGUAUGCAAAUCCUGAGGUGCCUGCGCAAAGUAGAAAAACUUAUGACAAUUCCAUCUAUCUGACUUAGAGAAAGGAGUAUUUCCCAGUGUCUCAAACCCAAAAGAAAGUAAAACUUGAUUAAACUAAACAAGUGGGCCAUGUUUGCUUCAAAUAAAUCGAGCAGAGAGGAAUGAAAGCACAUGUUUUUAAAUGAUAAUGAUCCUAGAGACUGGGGAAAAACAAAAAAAAACUGAAAAACAGAAAAAAAUAGUCCUAAGAACAGAAGAAAUUACUCUGAAAAACAGAGCUUAUUUUUCUAUCAGUUUAUUUUUGUGAAUGCAGUUCACCUCUGUAGAUUUCAGCACCAGGAGCUGUCCACAAAUACACAGAGGAAACUUUCUGUGUUUCCAGAAAAUUUCAGGACCUUCAAGGGCUAGUAUUUUUAGGACUCAGUAGCUGCGUUUCCAUUACCCAUAGAUUUGCGCAAAACCUAAAUAUCGCAAAAGAAAACUGGUAAUGGAAACACCUAAAUUUCGAAAAACCUCUCAAAUAUCGCAAAAAAAAUGUACGCUCUCAUGAGGUGGUUUUUCAGACGUGUCGAUAUAGAAGUAUAUCGCAAUAGUGUAAUGGAAACACUAUUCGCGCAAUUUUACGUCACUGGACGUGACGUAGCGGGUCAUGUGAUCAUGCCUCCGAGUGGGAACUGCCUCCCGGAGGCUUGACAUGGCGGGUGCCACAAGAGGCUCAAUAGCAUCACAGUUCAUUGAACAUAUCCCGGGUCAUCCUGAAGUUUUGAAUCCACAAUUCGUCUGUGGAUUCCUCAUUAACAAUCCUCUCCCAGAAAUCCCUCAUCCGUGUCCGCUCCCAUACAUAUGUGCCUUGCCUUUCAGUAUGCUCUUACAUUCAUGCAGCACUCUGCAAAGAUGGUAAACACAUUGUUAGUCCUUCUUCUUCCUCCUUACCAUUGUCUGCCAUCUUUGACACACACUCCUGUGCCUUCUCCUGCUCAUAUUUUUGAGAAAAAAAUAAUUGGACAAUAAAUUCGUAAAUCAGGUGAUUUUAUUCUUUAAUAUGAGACUUAAAUGAAAAAUCAAACACAGUGCGAGCUUGUUUGUUGCAUAAAUUCUGCUGCAAAUUACAUUUUCUGCAUCAGCACUGCAUCAGUAUAUGUGCAUAUAAAUGAGUUGAAGGUUGCAGACAUUUGACCCUUCCUCGCAGCAGAGUGUCCCCUUUGGGGCCUCUGUACUCUGGUUUCACCUCCAUGUCAAUAUAGUAGGACAGUGAGAGUGGGAGGGUAAACGACGUCCAGUUAGUGUGUGUGUGUGUGUGUGUGUGUGUGUGUGUGUGUGUGUGUGUGUGUGUGUGUGUGUGUGUGUGUGUGUGUGAGAUGGACGUUUCACCCCACAGAAGGAGACAGCCAAUCGAACGGCCUCUGUGCCUCCGUAAUUCAAAAACACUCCGGGGACUCGUUCGGUUGAGUGUCUGCUAAGAAAAAAACAUGCGACACAAGAGAGGAUGCCGAUAAGAGGCUUUUAUUUUGAAGGAUACACUGUAUUUGCUGUCAUACCAGAAAACAAAAAUGACUGAGAAAGAAAAAUUUAUAUAUAUUUAUAUAUAUACAUAUAUGGAGAGAGAGAGAGAGAUAGAUAUACACUAUAUAGACUAAAUAGAGAGUAGGGGGGAAAACGUGCAGCAAGUUAUCAAUGACUCAAAACCACAACCACUGAGAGGACUAUAGCCUCCAUACAUGUGGUGCACCAACCCGCUAGGCUAUUUACAUACAUUAAGAUUUAUAAAUUGAUGAAAUGGGGGCCAAAUUUUUCAAAUUUUGGGGUCAAAUGGCUCAAAGAACAAGAGUUUUUAACAUUUUUUUCUUCCUUUAAAUUUCCUCGUCCUGUGGCAGCAAAAGCUAAAGCAGCUCUGAAGGUCAACUGAUUAAAAAUUUCUGUGAAUGCCAAAAGUGUUUUAUCACAACCCAAAAUAUGUAACUCAAUCAAACACACCAUUGAGCAGGGGUUGGCAAGUAGGCUUGGCCUGGGGCCAGAUUUGAUCAUAGAUGCAAUAUGAAGAGUCAGAAAUGCGCCAUCUUUUUUUAUUUGGAGAAGUGCCAUAAUCAAAAACUGCCACAGAUGUGGUUUUACUCAGGUCUUCUGAAGCAUGGAUGUAAUGAAAAUUUGUUGACUAAUCACUGACUGUGUAUAAGAUAAAUUAGCCUUUUUGGACCUUGAAAUUAUUCAGAUAGACCUGAUGAAGCUGUGAGAAAAAUUCAGGUCCAGAUUUGAGGACUGUACCAUCCCCAAAGACAUCAUUGCCUUCAUCUGCAAUACCUAGUGACAAAACACACUGCGUUGAUCUACUGCCAUGUCAUUAGUUCAAUAGCUAUUUCUGUUAACAAACAGUUGUAGAAGAAGAAGAGGCAGAAGAAGAAAAAGAAGAAGAAGGAGAAGAAGAAGGGAAAAAAGGAAAGAAAAAAAUAACAGGAAAGAAGAAAGAAAGAAAGAAAGAAAGAAAAAGGAGGAAGAUGAAAUGGGGGGAAAGAAGAAAGAAAAAGAAAAUAAAGAACAGGUAGAAGAAGAAGAAAGGGGAAGAAGAAGAAAGAAAAGGGAAGUAGAAAGAAAAUGGAAGAAGAAGACAUGGGGAAAAAGAAGAUAAAAGAAAGAGAAGUGAAAAAAGAAAGAAAAACAGAAGAAGAAAAAAGGGGAAAAAGAAGAAAGGAAAAAAAGAAGAAAGGGGGAAAAAGAAGAGGAAAAGAAAAAACAGGAAGAAGGAGAAAGAAGAAGAAAUAAAAAGAAGUCAGAAAAAGGAAGAAGAAAGAAAAAAGAAAAAAAAAGAAAGAAGGAAAGAAAAAAAGAAAAAACAAGAAGAAAGGGGGAAAAGAAGAAGAGGAAAGUAAAAAACAGAAAGAAGAGGAAAGAGAAAGAAAUAUGAAGAAGAAAAAAAGGAAGAAGUAGACAAUUGAAGAUAAGGAGGAAGAAAUAGGGAAAAAGAAGAAAAGAAAAAGAAAAAAAGAGAAGAAAGAAAGAAAAAACAGAAGAAGAAAGGGGGAAAGAAGAAAGGAAAAAGAAGAAGAGGACAGAAAAAACAGGAAGAAGAAGAAAGAAAAUGGAAGAAGACAUGGGGAAAAGAACAGAAAAAGAGAAAAAAGAAAGAAAAAAACAAGAUGAAAGGGGGAAAAGAAGAAAUGAAAAAAGAAGAAAGGGGGAAAAAGAAAAGGGGAAAAAAGAAGAGGAAAGAAAAAACACAGGUAGAAGAAGAAGAAAUGGGGAAAAGAAGAAAGAGAAAAAAGAAAGAACGAAAAUGCAGAAGAAGAAAGGGAAAAGAAGAAAGGAAAAAAAAGAAAAAAGGAGGAAAAAGAAUAAAGGAAAAAAGAAGAAAGAAAAGAAGAACAGGGAGAAGAAAGAAGAAAAAGGAAGAAGAUAGAAAAUGGAAGAAGAAGAAAUGGGGAAAUAGAAGAAGAAAAGAAAAUAAGGGAAAAAAGAAAGAAAAAAAAGAAAAUUCUCUAGGUGUACCUGAUAAAGAGGCUGGUAUAGUUGUAUGUACCAAAUAAAACCAAAUUUAAUCCAAAUUAACAGUGAAAAUGUUACUUUCACAGAGCUACACAAAUAAACAUUAAGAUGAGUGCAGUGAGCAGCCCCUUGUGAUUGACUUAAAAAUAACAAGAAUGAAUUAAACAUGUUAACUGAGGAAAUGUGAUUUCAGCACCAGGAACUGUCCGUGAUUUCCUCUUCACACAUAUGUACAGCACAGUAUGAGGUCUUCUGUCAUGGAUGCAUCCUCAGAGCUGGAAGUCCUCUGUCUGGUUUGGUAGUGAGUGCAUGAAGCAGGGCUGCAGCUGAUGACUGUGAUGGUAGAAUCUCCUGAGAAUCUAAUGGAGCUGGUCCAAAACUGUUUACUCUUUGAGUCAUUUUGACUGCAAACGAACAAACAAAAAAAAGACUGAGAGCAAGAUGUUCCCAAACUUUGAGAGAUUUUAUACUUGAUAAAUCAGAGGCUCAGAUGUAAAAGUUUUAAUGUGCAUCAUCCUCAGAGCUGCAUGAUGACAUUAACGUUCCUCCACAAGCCAACAGAGACAUCUCUGCUCCAAGUUUAACCAGCACAUCCUGCUCUGAUAUAUUUAUGCUCCUUGUUAGUGGAUCUCUGAGGUCUGUUAGCCGUCAGCGUGGGGAAAUAAAACGUCUGAGUGUGAAGGAGAGAGAGGAGAGAAGACAGCAGGAAGCAGGAUGAACGUUUUCUUUCCUUUCUCUAAAUCCCCAGCGCUCAGACGAUGAGGAGCAAACAGGAGGGAUGUCUGCAGCCUACUUUCAUACAUUUGCAUAUUUUUCAGAGGCAGUUUUAGAGGAGGGGGUACGAAGAGGAGAGAAGGGGGGAGGGGGCUUAGGGGUCUUACAAGGACAAGCCUAGAUGGUUGGAAAGAGGAAGUUAGCGUUUUACAUCCUCCAGAGUCAACAUGAUGAAAAUAUCUCAGGGAAAAAGAGAAAGUUUCCUCCUUACAGCCCUUCAGUCCUGCUCUCUUCACUCCUGACUGAUGCGCUGCUUCUUAAAUACAUAAUAACCAUUAAUAUUGAUCAGGAGGAUGAUGCAGCUAUACUGUCAUGUUUACAGGAGUGUCAGAGGGGGAGGGGCUGCAGGGACAGGUGGGGGGGCUGCAUCUGUUUCUGAAGUCACCUUCAAAGGAGGCAGGUUAGAUAAUGGAGUAGCAUACCUGCAGUGGAGGAAGGAUCUAAGGCCGGAGGAGGAAAAAUCAGAGCGACACUGAUGCAAGAACACACAGUCAAACCUAAACAGACAUGUGUAAACACACAAACACACAUGCAAAGAUAGGUUCUCAUUAAUGUUUUUGCAAAUUACAAAUGUUUUUUUUUUAAAACAUAUUUUUUUUUACCUUUUGCAAAUGCUUUUUUGAAUGUGAUAAAAUAUUUUUGUGGGAUGUUUUUUUUUUUUUUUUUUUUUUUUUUUUGCAAAUCAUUUGCAUUUUGAGGCUGUGGCUCCAUUUCAGAAAAAAACCUCUGCAAACAAAAAAGAAAAAAGAAUGAAUGAACAAAUUAAUUUAUUUCAAACAUGCAUGCAAAGGAAUAAAAUAAUAGAGAAAAUGUCAUUUGCAUACAAAGCAGGAAAAAGAAUUGAAUUAUACACGUUCGAAAAGGAGUAGGAAGUAGAGCCUGGCCGAUUUAUCGGCGAGCUGAUUAAAACCACCAGUUUUAGCUUGUUUGAGACUAAUCUGUAAUCGGCCAAAACUCGCAGAUUUUCGAUGAUAUUUUCAGAAAUAAAAUAGGAAUAAGAUUCAGUUUCACUUCGAAAAUGUUCCACCAUUUGAAAAGUUCCCCGACUUAUCCUGUAGAUGGAGCAGCAACCUCGUGACAAUCUACAGGUUUUUGGCAGUAUCCCAAUAAACUGUAGAUUGUUUACUAGUAGGCUAGCCUAGUAAACUGUAGAUUUCUACAGUAUACAUAUAUUUUUUAUAACCUAAAAAAAAGAAUUAUUUGAAUUGGCCGAUUAAUCGGUAAUUGGAUUUUCUUUAUUCUCAUUACUAUUUAAAUUGUAGAUUUUCACUGAGGGCAUCAAAGCUAUGAAUGAACUCAUGUGAAAUCAUGUGCUUAAGAAAAAAGUGUGAAAUAACUGAAAACAUGUUUUAUAUUUUAGAUUCCUCAAAGUAGCAACCCUUUGCUUUUUUCGCACUGCAAACUUUAGCUGUUCGCUCAAUGAGCUUCAUGAGGUAGUCAUGAAAUGGUUUUCAGUUAUUUCACACUUUUUUUAUAAGUACAGAAUUCUACGUGUUCAUUCAUAGUUUUGAUGCCUUCAGUGAUAAUCUACAAUGUAAAUAGUCAUAUAAAAAAAUAAAGAAAUGACAUUGAAUGAGAAGGUGUGUUCAAACUUUUGGCCUGUACUGUAUAUAUAUAAAUUCUACAUAAUGUAGAGGAAUUUUAGCAAUAGUAAAAUAAAACUUUAUUUAAUAAUUAUUAAAUUAAACUUACAAACAUUGAGUCAAAGGCAAAUAAACAUAAAAUAUGUGAAAAUAGUUGGAGAAGUGCAAACACAUUUUAACAAAACAUUAACACAUUUUAAGAGCUACAAAAAAAUAUUAAACAUAAUGAAGCUAUUUAAAAAAGUGAAAAAAAAAUUAGUUCAAUGCACAAACAUCUCACAAAUGCAAACAGAUAUUUCCAUAAACCAUAAACUUAAAUUUACUUUAUAAAUCACAAAAAUCUUCUUUUUUUUUUUUCAAAAAUACAAAAAAAGUUUACAAAUCAUACAAUAUUUUAGAGAAAAAAAAAACUCCUGAGAUGCUAAAAAAUUAACACCAAACUUAAAACAUUCAUGUAAAAACGCUUCCUGUGGCUUCAUUUCAGCCAAACAUGCUAGGACGCAUCUACAUUUUCAAAGCCUUUGUCCAAAGUGGUUUCAUUCAGUCACUAUGUUAGAUUUUCUUGGGGUAUUUUGGACCUGGUCUCUCUCCUCUUGGGGAGUAGGCUGCAGACUUGGGGUGUAUCUGUCUCCUCUCUUAUCCAAGGAUUAAAAAUUUCAGCAGAUCAAAAAUGCUUUUUACGUGUUUUUUUUUUUUUUUCAAUGGCGGAGAUGAGCACAUCCUGAUGAAAUGAUAGUGUCUGGGCUUUAUUUUAAUGCACGUUGUGGAGGGUUGGAAUAAAUCAGUGAAAUGCUCAGCACGAAUCUGAAUUCCUUUUUUGAAUUUCUAAAUUGAACGUACACGUUGAAAUAAAAAGUGUUAGUGUCUUUCAGGGCAUUACAAUUCAGAGUUUCAGUGUUUUUGUUCCACUUAUUUAAAUGAAAGAGACUUUGCAGCUCUUCAGCUCACAGCCUAUUAUUUCUUUUGCUGCUGCAGCUCAUCCUGCGAGCUUGGAGCAUUUGCUUAUUUGCAAACCUGAAUGAGGUUUUCCCUGUUAGAGUUUCAUACACCUGAUUAAUCCUCUCCUGAACCGGAAAAAGGAGUGUUUGCAGAGGUAAACCUGAAAGAGACUCAAACGUGAAGUUCGCAGAGGCAGAAAAAGAAACCUCGUCCUCCUGUCCUCCAGUGAUCUCCCUCAGAGUUUCCUCUCUCAGCUCUCUGAGAAAAAGCCGUCAGCUGAUCUAUUUUUAAUCCAGAGCGCUCUCCUGAUCUGUUCUGCCAUCCUGCCUCCUCUGCGUCUGUUUGAGUGUUUGUAAAACUAAAUAGAGAUGGGUUCCCCUCAGGUCUGUAGAGCACCUGUGGACACGUCUGGUGGGCUACUCUGAGAUGGACUCUGAAGAGGCUGCAGAGAACGCAACGCUUCAGAUAAAAAGUGCUAGAAGUGAUGAAACAAAUCCUUUCUUUUCAGGGUCUGAAGCUGCAGGUUGUUGAAAGACUGUAUGCACCCUGACAGAAGUGUAAAGGACCAUUGCAAAAACGUCUGUGAAAACCCUAGACUCUAUAUACAGACCAUAGACGGUUGACCUGCUGCAAAAAACCUGCAGAGUUAAUUCAGCAGUUUUUUUCUGAGGGUUUCAAACCCUGACGCAGAGUCCUGAGGGUCCUGACCCAUCAGCUCCUGACCGAGGUGAGCUGCGUGUGAUUGACAGCCAGGACUCGACCACAGCGGCGUUUCUUUUGGCUCUGCUUUGUCGUCUUCCAUCAGCGCUGUGCUUCAUUUGAGGUUUUUCCCAUGACAGCCACAGAAAUCUGAAUCAAAGAGGAGGAAGAGUUUUGGAAAUAGAAGCGAUGAGGUCAUUUCUCUGUCUGUUUCUCAUGUCCUCGUCCCCUCACAGACCUGCUCCUCUCUGUUUUCUUUGAUUAAAAUCUGGAGCUGCUCUUCAUCACGACCUCGCUCUGACUGUUUGCUUUGAUUUGAUUUAAUGUGAUUAAAGUCAGUGAUGAAGCUUCUGCCCUGUGAGAAGACUAAUGUCCUCCAUGUGCUGGAUGUUAAUCUUUGAUUCUCCUCUAUAAGGUUUUAAUGAAGCCGCUCCAAAACUUUUAAGUGAAAAAGUUCAGUUUACUCAAGAUUUAGAUAGAAGAUGGCAGCAAAAUGGAAUGAUUUUGAGCCCAUGCAGUGAUUUCCACUACAGAGUCCUGUCUGUUUUUAAUGCAGUGCUGAAGAUCAGGUUAGUUUUGGUUUUGGUUAGGGCCAAUUUUAGCCUGUUUGAGACUAAUCGGUAAUCGGCCAAAAGAUUCGGUUUCACUAAGAAAAUGUUCCGCCAUUUAAAAAGUUCCCCGACUUAUCCUGUAGAUGGCGCAGUUUCAGUUAAACCCACUUCACCACCCGCUGUGCUGGUCUCGGUCAUGUUGAGUUAACGGUGAAGCACCAUGUAAUAUGCAAGCUAAAGUUGGAGUUAGCCACCUGUUAUUAGCCUUGCUACACUGUUAGCCGUGCCAGUAACGGUAGAAUAAACAACAGUACACAUUACGUGAUGGAGCUACUUCUCUUUCUGAGGCAGCUGCAUGACUCCAGAGGAGACUGUACUGGAAAUGUGUAACGUGAGUUAAGACGCGGAGGUACCGAUCGGCAGGGGGGGGGGUUGUAGUUGAAAACGCUUUUCUGGUCCGAGUUUGAUCAGUCGGUCUUCCCGUCUGCGUGAAGAACAGUAGCCUACAGUAUAUAGUAUACUGUAGAUAUCUACAGUAUAUAUAUAUAUUUUUUAUAACUUAAUAAAAAAAAAUUUAAAAAUCGGCUGAUUAAUCGGUAAUCAAACCCCCCCCCCCCUCAAUUAUCGGUAUCGGCCCCAAAAAAUCCAUAUUGGGCCCUAGUUUUGGUCCUUGUCCCUUUAGUACAGAGAUUUCUAAUGAUAUUAUGUUCUGGUGAUGAAAUCCACUCAUUCUUUCACACUUGACACUCAGGAACAUUAUUCUCAAACUGUUGAACUAUCAGCUCACACAGUCUCUCACAGAGUGGUGAACCUCUACCCAUCUUUCCCUCUUGCUCCUCAACCACAACUCUGUAUGAGCUGUUGUUGUUGUUGCUGCUGUCCCCUGUCUCACCCUCGUUCUCUAUUCUCUCUCCCUCCCUCUCCCCGACUCGUUUUCUCGCUCCUUCCUACUCCCUUGUUCUCUUUCUCUCCGCGUCUACCCUCCCUCCUUCCCCUCUCUCUCUUCCUCCCCCUAUCUCUCUGCAUUUCUCCCCAACUCAGCAGCGGCCUGGUGGCUGUCUAGCAUGAGUCAGGUCCUUCCCAGGGUUUCUGCCUGUUAAAAGGAAGUUUUUCCUUGCCACUGUCACUCAUGUUAGAUGAGAUGGGUCCCAUCUUAAGGUUGGGUCUUGAUAAUUCAUCAAACAGUCAGCAUGGUUUAAAACCUGCUCUUUGCUUUUUGGAAAGCUUUUUGGGACGACUGUUGUGAUUUGGCGCUAUAUAAAUAAAAUUUGAUUUGAUUUGAUUCUGAGAGACUCAACCUUUCUGAAUGUCGAUCUUAUACCCAGUUGUGUUCCUAACAUGUUAGAAAUUAUCCUCAUUAGUUUGAGAUGUUCCUCCAGAUGUUUUUUUUUAGCAUUAAUCAGUUUUUUUUUUUACUUGUGUGGUUGUUCCUCUAUAACAGUGGAUCUCAAGUCCAGUCCUCGAGCCCCCACUGUCCUGCAUGUUUUGGAUGUUUCCCUGCUCCAACACACCUGAUUCAAAUGAUCAGCUCGUUAUCAAGCUCUGUAAUGGCUUAAUAACGAGCUGAUCAUUUGAAUCAGGUGUGUUGGAGCAGAGAAACAUCCAAAACAUGCAGAACAGUGGGCCUCGAGGACUGGACUUGAGAACCACUGCUCUAUAACAACAUUUUAUCUGUCAGGUUGUUUCUUUAAAUGAACUUUAACUCACAGCCUCUUUUUCUUACAUGAUCAAACUUAUUUCAUGUAUUAAGAUGACUCUCUGAGGCUCUGAGACUACCAUCCUCACUGUGUAAAGGCUCUGGCUGUUUCGUUUCCUUUGUCUAUGAGUUGAUAUGAGACUCCUUUAGCUGUGAUGAAGUUUUCUGCGUUACUACAGCUCCUCCUGCAGGCAGCUGACUGUAACCACAAUUUUCCCCGUUGAUAAACUGCUGUUUUUCUGGACAUUUUUCACUUACAUAACCGAAUAAACUUGAUUUUGAUUUGAUAAUCAUUACAUUUUUAAGAGGUUCAGCAGAUAAUAAUUGCCUCCUUUUUUUCCUUAGGCUUGUUUGUUUUGCUGAAUUUUUGUUUUGUUUUGUUUUUCUUCAAUUUCCUUAUUUUUAAAUGGUCAGUUAGUGUUGGCAUAUUUUGCUUCUAUAGAACAGAAGAGGUCUGAAAUGGUUCAUCAGGGUUGGUUUCAUCAUCAUUUUUAUUGAUUGCUGUAUAUCUGGAUUAUGGAUAUUGAUAUUCAUCUAUUAAAAGGAUAUUUCUCUUUGUCACUCUGUCUCAGGUCUGUCUGUCUGUGCUGAGAGGUCCAAACUUAAUGUGAAGAAGGCAAUAAUUCAACAGGUUGGUUGACUCUUAUUACAUCCUCACUACAUUUCCCAUGAUGCACCUUUCACUCCAGCUUCCUCAUGCUUUAUUUAAACUUUCAUGCAUAUAGCUGUGAACCAUUUUUCCGCGGUUUAUCUUGCUGUCUUCAGCUCAGGUGAGGUUAUGUUUUUGAAACAACAGCACCACCUUGUGGCUCAAACCAGUAUUAUAGCUCAAGAGCUCUGCACACUUGUACAGGUAUUUCCUCCUUAGAGGACCUUCAUGUCAGACGGUUGUUAAGCUUUGAUGCAGAAACAAACAGGUGCACGUUUGUUUUAGUGCUCUGGAGUUUUAAGAGUGGGUUGCUGCACACUCUGUUGUAGUCUCUGUGAUUCUUGCUGCAGUGGAAGAUCUAACGGUGAACACCUCAGACAAACAGGAAUUUACUAUUAUCAAAUCAAUAUUGUUUUCUUGUUGUAGAGGUCGUGGGUUUUGGCUGCUCCUCCUCCUUCUUUUCGUACCUUGACUAUUGUUGGUACCACUGCAGCUCUUCACAAGUGUUUCCUCACACUGAUACUUUUUAAGGAGUGUUUUAUAAAGUUCUCAUUUUUGAUCAUUCAACCUCCUCACAUUUUCUCUAAAAAAUGCAACUCCUGUGUUGUGCUGCACAUUAGUUACUGUUAUUUAGCCUUCAACAUGUCCGCAGUUACAUUUGUUCAUGUCCCGCCAAUCAUCAGCUUAAAGGUGGGGUAGGCAGAUAUCUGUUAAAGAAGCAUCUUUUUUUGUGGUGUAUUAACAAAAAAAAAAUAUCAGUCAAUAGCUAUUAGUUAUUGAUGACAUUUGGUAAUAUAACGAUAUCGCUAUGUUUCGUUUUGUCUGUGUAGUCAACAUUUUAAAAUUUCAGAGCGCUCCACUCUUUCUGACUGUAAACAAAGCCAUUCCCCGCCUCCCCCAACCUGAUUGGUUGUGAGGCAGAUGCUGCUCGUUAAGGUCCUUACACACCGGAACCAAUGGAAAUAUACAAUGUGAAAUUACGAAAUAUUUGGAGGCGAAUUUUGACGCGCCUGACUAUACACAUCAUUAGCCACGACUACAACACAAGCAAGAAAACAAAGUAAAUACUGGAGACUCUGGCAGAAUAAUGGGCGCUUAAAAAGGACUGGACAUGAGCUAAAAAGCCGGGUCAACAAUGAUGGGAGACACUUUGGGAUCUUACGGACCCUGUAACCUUUCUGCUGGACAGGUUAAUCGCUUUAACAAAGUAACCCAAGUGUCUGUAACAGAGGUGUUUCUUGUCAAACGGGCCCUGCUGCGUGUUGUAGUGCCGCUAAACUGUUGACCUCGGGUCCUGGACUAUGUCACUUUAUCCUAGUUGUAGAAGUCCUGCAAACGUUGUGUUUGCUGGUAGUCUGUUGGCAUCAACAGUAGCACCAAUGCUGUUUACUUUCACGCUGACUGGGCCCCAUUUGUAAUUAUUUGAAGUAUUUAUCUGCAUUAUAUCUGAAUUUAAUUGAAACGAAAUGAGCGAGCAGGAGCGGCUGUUUGUGGGCAGGGCUUGCUGGAGCAGAGAGGGAGGGGAGAGGAGGAGCUAAGGGGGAAAAUUGGUUGGGAGGGGUAGAGGAUUUCUCCCCAAAACUGGCACUUCCUCAGAUCCUGCCUACCCCACCUUUAAACCCGUGUCCUCAGCUGUAGUUUUUCUGUACGCCACCAGGGGGUGAUGCUGACUUUUAAUAUGAGGUUGCAUAGGAUAUGCUGACAAUUUUGAAUGUUUUGAACCUCAUUUUUUAUUUCACCAAUCUAAUUUAUGUGCAGGGUUUAAAUAGAAUAAUUUUUGAAAAUGUUCUUAUUAGUUUUGUAACUCUUGGCAGUUAAAUGUUUUCAUUAAUGGAAGAAUUCAAAUCAUUUUUCUAUGGUCAUUUUCUCUGAUCAGUCCUACUUUGUAUGUGAGUUUAAUAUUAUGACUCAACAGCCCUGUUUAAGAAAACACUGGCUUGUCAUUUGACCUCAUAAGAGACCAAAUGUUGGCAGAAACUCCUUAAAAGGGGAUCUUAAGUGUCAGAAUAGUCUCCAAACUUUUCCAGGAAAAUGAAAAGGACGUUUUGAAUAGAUUAAAUACUUUGAUGUAGUAGUAGUAGUAGUAGUCAUAGUCAUUUAUUCAGUCAUGACAACACCAAAUAUUGUACACAAUAUUGACAUUUCACACAAAAUCACUAAAUCAAGAAUCUUAUAAAAGCCUAUCCUGUAUUGUCAACCUUUAUUAGGUUUCCGACCUCUAGAAAAGCAAAGAAACCACAACAACAGAAAAUUAAUCGCACUUAUAAACUUCAAAAAUAGCUUUACAAACCAUUUUAUUGAAAACCAAAAAAGACGGACAUGUUUUUAGAUUUUUGUUGUCAUCAUUUCAGAACUUAACUUCAGUAACAGAAACACAUCUCCUUUUCAUACCUUAUUUAGCUUUUUGUACGGUAAAUUUGCAAGCGCCUCUGAGAUUAUAAGACUGUCCUGAAUUGAAAAGAACCUCUGUAUUGAGCCAAGGAGCAUUCUUGAUUUUGCUGUAAACAUUAUUUGCAUUAUUUUAUAAUAAAACAGAACAUAAAAUUUCAUAAUGAGAAUUUAGAAAAAGUGGCUCCGUGUGAUCAUAGUAAUCAGUCUUAUUGAUAAUACGUAUAGCUCGUCUGCAGUUUUAUGAGUGAAUUUGUAGUGGUUUUAAAGGUUAUCAGAAAACUUUUCCAGGUUUAUGAUAUUACAGUUGGCAAAAGUGGCAAUAAAUGUAAGGAAUGCAAAUGAAAAAUAAUAAUAAAAAAACUAACACACAGUAAUGUGGCCUGGCAACUUUUUCAUGAAUAAGUCCAAAAAAUAAUUAUAACCAGUGCAUCCAAACUGAAAUCAAGGACUUUAUCUGAUCUGAUAUGAAGACGGAAGACUAACUCUAUCAGUCAAGACUAGUCUAGGUCGUCAAAUCAGGUUUUAAAUGCUAAAAUUUAGAUGAGCUUCUUUCAUAGUUUGAGCACAGAAGUGUUGGUUUUUUGAGUUACUCAUUAAUUUAGAAUUUUUUCGUUUAAAAAAAUAUAAUUUUAGAAGUAAAAAAUGUAAAGCUGAAGUAAAGCUUUGCAUUGACUAUUUUGCUUUUCUUUUUGGCACUUUUGCAUCCUCUGUAAAAUCCUGCCUGUUAUUAUUUUUAGUGUCUUUUUUUAAGAUCGUUUGUUGAGUUUAUCAGGGCUCAGAUGGAUUUAAAAGAGGAGAAGAAAGCAUCAGAAACAGGAGGAGUAGGAAACACACCACAGAGAGCUCCUCCUCCUCCUCCUCCUCCUCCUGCUCCCUGUACAAAGUUAGACAGUCGCUCUCAGUGUCAGGAUUUAGUGUCGGACACAUCAGAGCCUGCAGGCGAGCUGAAGGGAUCGAUCUUCAUCAUCUUCUUCAUCAUGGCUCUGCUGCUGGACAUUUCUCGCUCUGCGGCCACAUACUGCUGUCUGAUCCGCCGCCGCUUCAAGAGGAGGAGGAAGAAGCGAUCUGAGAGGAAAGGUACUCUGCUGUGACACCUGAGGGUCUGCGCUCUGACGCCUGACAGACGGCGUGAGGGGCGCACAGAGCGAUGUGUGUGAGGAGUGUUUGCAGCGGGGACAGUUAGUGUUUUCAGGAGGUUUUCUGACUUUGUGCUCUGAUGUUUGAGGCUCAGACAGUUUAGUUUAAAACCCCCAGAUCUAUUCUUUCUUCUUCUGUGGCUCCAUGUGUUGAGAUUUUUCAGAGAUCAGCAACAGUGACUGAAGACAGUCUGAGGCAUCUUUGCAGCAAAUUUACUGAAGAAUUAGAAAAAAAAGAGAAUUUAAUUGUGACAGAAGCAGCAUUUUUGCAAUAAGUAAGAUUUAAAUGAAAGUGUUGAAGGUCUUUGGAUUUAGUUUAUGUUUGUGGAAGAAAUUGAAAUCUGAAAAAAUGAGUGAAUUUCUGGUGGCUGAUGAUUUCUUUAGAGUGUAGGAAAGGAAAGGAGACGAUCCAAAGCUGCAACAGUUUAAAGAUUUGUUUGAAAAGUUGAUAUUCUGCCUUUUUUAAAAGUCUCAAACCUAAACAUUAGAGAUCAAUCUGAAAAUGACUCUGAGCAAGCAAAAAAAUAUAAGUUUAAAUCAAAGCACAAAAAAACAAUCUGAUUCAAAGGCAAAAAGUGCUUUUAAGAUGGUUUUAGAGCAGUGGUUCUCAAGUCCUUGAGGCCCACUGUCCUGCAUGUUUUGGAUGUUUCCCUGCUCCAACACACCUGAUUCAAAUGAUCAGCUCGUUAUCAAGCUCUGUAAUGGCUUAAUAACAAGCUAGUAAUUUGAAUCAGGUGUGUUGGAGCAGGGAAACAUCCAAAACAUAGGUUUUCACUGUUAACUCAAAAUUUUAUUGAGUCUCUGAUAAAAGAAAAAGAUGUAUGCGGAAAAUAAUCAAACAACAAACUAUUUGUACAGCAUUUACUUUGGUUGGUUUUUAGUCAAAUUAGGGUGACCAUAUUCUGAAUCCCCAAAAAGAGGACACCUCUAUGCUGGGAAGAGUCGCGCACAAAAUUUUUAGGUUUUUCGGGUUUGUCAGGUUGAGUGGUUUUUACACGCUUCUAACUUAGUUAGUCCACGCUACUUAAACUCAGAACUUCCAUAAAAAACCCGUUGUUGUCUUUCGUAGUAAAAUGAAGCCACGCUUUAGUUGGUUUCUGCCUACAUUUCAUACCAUCCGCCAUGUUUUUUCCUUAAAGGCUCUGUUCUUGUUCAUGUAGACUGGCUCACCGUUUUUCAAGGCAACCGUAAUAAAGGAAUCGUUAAGAUAUAAUGUAAACAAUGUCGAUGGAUUGAACCAUUUGGAACCGGUUCUCGAUUCCCAUCCCUAGACGUCCUGGUUUAUUCAAUGAUGAUCUUGACGUUCUGCCGCCUCUCUGCAGAUGUAGACCUGAUGGUUUUGUGGAGACUGUUGCCCAGUGUGGUUCAGUCAGAAGUUGGUGUUUUAAUUCAUCUGAUCUGGUCUGAUCCAGAUUUGAUUAUAUUAGGUGUCACUUCAACCCUUUACUGAGAAACUGCAGGGAGAACCUGCACACAAGCUACAGUUUUCUGCAGACAGGGUCGACUCUGCCUCACAAUUUAUAGACUCUGACGCAAAUACUCAUUAUAGUUGAAGGCUGCCCAAUGGGUCCUAAGCUGACAGGCAUCCAGUGUGGCUUAUAGACCAAUAAGUAACCUGUAACUAAUUCAACCUUGCUUCAAAACUACAAAAAUAAAUAAAUAAAUAAUAAAUUAAAAAAUAAAUGAAUAAAAACAAAAAAUAGAUAAAUAAAAUAAAAUUAUAAAUAAAAUUAUAAAUACAUAAAUAAAUAAUAAUAAGAAGAAUAAUAAUAAUAAGAAGAAGAAUAAUAAACCUUUAAUUUCCCAGAAGCUGAAAAAAGAGACAAGCAAGUUACUUCUUUUACCCAACUGCCCUGGAUGCAACAAAUCAGCAGAAAUGGCACAAUAGUAUAUUUUUCAUGCUUGUGAUGAUCAGCUCGUUAGUAAGCCAUUACAGAGCUUGAUAACGAGCUGAUCAUUUGAAUCAGGUGUGUUGGAGCAGGGAAACAUACAUAAGAUGCAGGACAGUGGGCCUCGAGGACUGGACUUGAGAACCACUGACUUAAGCAAUGUUUAUAACACCAAAUAACACUUAUGUGUCACUGAAACGCACUUUAUGUUUUAUCAAACAGCUCAGUGGUGACCCCUGGUGGUUGUAGAAGUGAUUGCAUGAGAAAAAGAAUCCAGGUGAUGGUGGUUCUGCAGUACAGUGUGACAAAUAUUUCCUUCUUGUAACCAUGUGUACUGUUGUGACUGGAUCUUGCAGGAAGAAGUAACCAGACACCUCGGUCCGUAGAGCUUUGUCGUGUUUUCUGCUGUAAUGAGGCUGUUUCCAAUCCACAGGAAUGAAUGAGAUUGGAUUGUUUUGCAGGUAAUAGUCAGACCCCCGGGCUUUGCAAGGUGAAAAAAUUCAGAAAGUGUUUGCAGAGACCCUGAAUUUGAGAAGAUAAUCCUGUUUUUUUUAUGUUUGGUGACUGGCUGUGAUAGAAUAAUGACUCUCCAGGUCUGCAUUAUCAGGUUUAAUGGACUCUUCACAGUCUCUAACUUUGUCACAUGUCUGUGUGUGACUCAAAAAUGCUGCAGUUUGUUGUGUCUGAUGAAAAUAAUCUUCAGUUUUAAUUGUUGCCCUGAAGUUUCCAUGUGGUCUGACUGAUCCGGAGAUGUCUGCAGGAUCUUCUUUAAAGUUCCGAGAUGAUCUGAGUCUGGGCCCCUGAGACUCUGAGCCGCUCUGCUUCAUCCUCCCUCUUCCUCUCACUUCAUUAGCUCUGUCUGCUAACGUCUGCUAACAUUUUCACAUGGAGGGCUCUCUCAGCUGCAUUAAUUCACCUUCAGCGUCAGGAGGCUGUUUUUUCCCUCUCUGUGGAGAGUCAGGUCUACGUGCUUCUCUCUGAGCGGCCUGUAAACACGCUAAUGUUUCUAAAGGAGGAUCAGCUGAUUUGCAUGCAGGGCGGGUGAGGAGGGCGAGAGGCCCAUCAUUCCCGUGUCCCUGCUAAGCGGCGUGUUGUGAGAUGAACUGAAGUGUGAGUUUAAUCUACUGGGAGCAAAAGUGAAUUUCAGACGAGCUAUAAGCCGAUGUGCUCUGUGAGGCGUGGACGCCACGCCGCCACUGCUCAGGGACCUGUGUGUGUAUGUGUGUGUGUGUGUGCGUGUGUGUGUUUGUGUGUGUGUUUCAAAGAUCUGUGUCUGUCUGCUCUGUGAUGUGGAGGAGCUGAUACAGACUCCUCCCCCCUCCUCCACCCUGACUCUCUGCUGAUAACCCGGCUCCCCUCUGAAACCUACACACACACACACACACACACACACACACACACACACACACACACACACACACACACACACACACACACACAGGGCUCAGACAGCUGAGGGGAAGGCGUUUUACAAACAGAAAUUUUGAUCAGAUUUCUGCUCUGAGUUUCAGAUUAAAUCAGCAGCUCUGACAGAAGAUCAUCUCGUCGACCUCUAAUAAAAGGGAAAAUAUUUGCACACCUUCAGCUCACCUGCCAGCUGUCAAAAGGUGUCAGAUUUACAAGGAACCCCUCUUUAAGUAUGAGCAGAGAAAUGCAAAAGCAGCUGCAGUAAAAAUCUUAACCAUAAACACAGAAAUUAGUUUUUUAAUUCAAACCAUGAAAAAAACAACAACACAUAAAACACAAAAACCAUUCAACAUCGUGCAAAAACUUGAUCAGAAAAUACACAAAAACAUUGUGACAAAAACACAAAAUAUUUCAAUGAACUCAGAAGAUUUGUUUUCUUUUAGUUUUCUGAAAUUAUUUUUCUAUUUCAUGAAUUCUAAAGAAUCAUUUUUUGCAUUUUGUUGAUUGUUUUGUGAUCAAUGUAAAACUUUGUGGGUAAAUUGAUUUGUUUUUAUUGAGGCCCGACCGAUUUAUCGGCGACCUGAUUAAAUCGGCCAAUUUUAUCCCGUUUGAGACUAGUUGGUAAUCGGCCAAAACAAAUCGAUUUUCGCCGAUAUUUUCAGAAAUAAAAUGCGGAGAAUAGGAUUCGGUUUCUCUUCAACAAUGUUCCGCCAUUUGAAAAGUUCCCCGACUUAUCCUGUAGAUGGCGCAGCGACCUCAUGACAAUCUUCAUCCACUAGCUACCUCACAGCACAGCAGAGUGACGGAUCUGAAGCAGGCAGCUCAGGGACGCAUGGAGGAGAGUGGUAAAUAAACCAGUUUGUGAAAUACACAAUAAGUCAACAAGUUUCAGUUCAACCCACUUCACGAUGUUCCCCGCUGUGCUGGUCUCGGUCACGCCGAGUUAACGGUAAAGCACCAUGUAAUAUGCAAGCUAAAGUUAGAGUUAGCCAUCUGCUAUUAGCCUUGCUACACUGUUAGCCGUGUCAGUAACGGUAGAAUAAACAACAGUACACAUUAUGUGAUUGAGUUACUUUUUAUAACUUUAUUAAAAAAAUUUAAAAUCAGCCAAUUAAAAGCUAAUCGGAUAUUAUUUCCCCCUAAUAAUCAGUAUCGGCAUUGGACCCAAAAAAUCCAUAUCGUUCAAGCCCUAGUUUUUAUGUUUGAUUUCAGUUUUAAUUCAUUUAAUUCUUUUGUGAUCACAUAAACCUUUUCUUGUGUUGCAUGUAAUAUUAUUCAUCAUGUGAAUUUCUGAAACGUUUAUGUGUCAGUGAAACAUUUUUGAGUUUCAUGAGCAGCUAAAUCUCUGAUGACACACAGAAGCGGACUUCUGUGAUCUUUAACAGCCUGAACGAUCCUCAUCAGGAGGAAUCUGACGCAAACGCUCAAUUGCGUAUUACAAAAACAUGUUCAGUCAGAGAAAUACUGGACAUGAAAAUUCUGUAAAGACUAAAACAGAAAUGCACCAUGUUUGCUGUGCAGUGUGGGUUUGUUUGUAGUUUUUUCAUCUGCAGCUUGUUUUUCCUGAUUGUUCAAACUGUUGCGGAUCAUCUGCACCGUCUCAAACAGCUCCUCAUUAUGUACUAAAGUGGGAGUUUACAGAUAAUCAUGCAGGAAAAGAUCAUCUUUGUCAUCAUUCAAUUUUAAAUUAAGAGUUAAGGGUCAUGAAAAAAUUCUUACAUUUUUGAUCCCUCCUUUAUUUCUACUCUAAAAAGCAUGUUUGAUAGUUUCAAUAGUUUUUGCCUCAAAUAGAUAGAUAGAUAGAUAGAUAGACUUUCAGCAGCAAUAAAAACAUAAAAUUAAAUAUAAGAAGAAAUAUGUACAAUACAGACUUAAUAUAUACAAUAAAUACAGACUAAAUAUACUAAACAUCCUAAGAGAAAAACAAAAGAAAAAUCGUUUGAUUACAGAUUUUAAAAACUGCUGCUUUUUAAAAACAAAGUCACACAUGUCCUUUCUGAUAUGAUCAUCAAACAAAAUAUAAAUUUUUCUUUUCUGAAAAUUUAGUUCCAUCAUAUCUCUUCUGUUUUUCUCUGUUCUGUGUCUUAACAUCAGAAUUAAAAUUUUGGAGCAUGUAAAACGGAUUUUUUUCACAUGUACAAACUUAAGAGUUACCUUAGAUCACUGGUUCUCAAGUCCAGUCCUCGAGGCCCACUGUCCUGCAUGUUUUAGGAUGUUUCCCUGCUCCAACACACCUGAUUCAAAUGAUCAGCUCGUUAGUAAGCCAUUACAGAGCUUGAUAACGAGCUGAUCAUUUGAAUCAGGUGUGUUAGAGCAGGGAAACAUCCAAAACAUGCAGGACAGUGGGCCUCGAGGACUGGACUUGAGAACUACUGCCUUAGAUUUACUCCUGUUGCAGUUAAGAUGAUGUAUUUGCAGAAUAAAAAGUUUAUCUCUGGUUUUGAAUCCAUAAUCUGCAUUCCCAAAGAAGCACCAUACAUCUUCUUAUUUUAGAUGUUUUUCAGUUAAAGAAACCAUAAAGGGCUGCCCCAGUGCUGAAAGCCUGAUGGAAUAUCAUCCGGUAUCAUCAGAAUAUUAUACACAGUAUAUUGCAUUGUUACCGUUUAUUUUAUUCAUGCUCUUCAGCAAAUUUAUAAGGGUGAUUAUAGCUCCGUUAUUUAUUCAUAUCCUGGUACUCUACAGAGGAAUAAAGAGAUUUUUUAGUGCUCACUAAAAUAAGAGAAAAAAGGAUUUUUAUGUGCAGCACUCAAAGUUAGAUUUAAACGUUGUACUCUAGUGUCUUUGUAAAAGAAAAUGCUCAAAGUUUGUAUGACACAAACCUGAACAGCUCCUCCUUCAAGAUGGGUCUGCAGUGAGAUGUUUCCAGGUCUCUCGCUUCUGUCUUUUCAGUGAAUCUUUUGCCAAUUUAUCCCUGUCCUCCUCCUCUUCCUCCUCCUCUUCUUCCUCACCCCUCCUCUUUGCUCCCCUGGCACACUCUCUCAUUUUCAUUUAACGCUAGCACAGGUAGCCGGCGCCUCCUGGGCCUGAAAAUUGCUGCUGACUACCUGCUGAAAGAGGAGGGGUAAGGAGGACGAGGGGGGAGCAGCAGAGCGGGAAUGUUUCCUCAUUAGAGAAGCUCCCCUUUUUUUACAGCAGGAAUAUCGCUGCCAGAGUCUGUUAGACCAAGAAAAAAACUUGACUGUGAAGUCUGCAGAGUUAUUUUCUCCAAGCUGCAAACUCCAGGGGCUGAAAAAUGAAUUUAGAGCUGAAGUCCCAAGAAGUGAAGUUCCUACAAUGGCCACUAGAGGCUGCCUAUGAAAGUGAGUCAGUUCCCAUAGAGCCCCAUGUUAAGAUAUCCAACUUUACAUCCUCCCUCUGUAUGUUUCUGUUUAUUUUGUCUUUUUAAACUGACAUUGUCAUUUUUACAAAAGCGACAUCCAUCCAGGAGAAUAAAGCCAAAUAACCUGAUAAUAAAUGAACAAAAGGGCCAACAGAUGAAGAGCACAUUCAUCAUUCAGAGAUCAGAUUAAAGCAGAAACACGUGUUCAUUAACCUGCUCACUGAGAGCAGCCUCAGUGUUUGAGGUUAAGCAUCAGCAGGCAGCUCCACCUCCUCCCCCCUUCACCUGCCCGUCAGUCCAUCAGUUCCCGGUCUCUCUAAUCCCGGGGCCGUGGGGUGUGAAAUUCAACAUCAGCCCUGAGCCCGCUCUCUGGGGGAGAUAGUGGAGGACUCGGCCCUGACGAGGCCGAGGUGAGCGGAGAUAACCAUCUGUUGUGCUCAGCGAGGCCGCUGAUGCAGAGAGAAUCGGGAGGAGGAGAGUCAGCGAGGGCAGGAAGAGGGGGUGGGAAUUUCUCCUGAUGACCUUCUGAGACCAUCUGAAGAAAAAAACUGACCCAGCUCAGACAGAGACUAACCUGGACCUCAGAUUACCUGAAUGAUAGAUUCAGAAACCAAACAAGUCUCAGGAAGUAAAUAUCUCAAUAUUGUGUUUUUUUAAGCCAAACUGACCGAAAAAACAAAAAAAAAACGCAACAGGGUAGAAACAAGUGAGUUUAGACCUAAAGGUCCUCACACACCAGGACGGACGCAAAUUUACGACGCGAAAUUACGAAAUAUUUUGAUGCGCCUGACUAUACAGAUCAAGCCCGAUGCGAUUUUGCGACUUUCCAGGGGGAAAAAAGACACGUCCCGGGUGGAAGCGAGAAGACUGACACAACAGCAGACUGAGUGUUUUUCAGUUCUGAUUAGACUCUAGUGUUGAGAUGUCUGUCUGUCAUGAUAGCAUGUACUGAGUCGGGGCCAGUACAAGAUAAGCACAUUAAACUAUAAUCCAUAAACGUAAGGUAACAACCGAGACCUAAUGGUGCUGUGACAGCAACAUGAUUGAGUUUGAGACAGUGAAAAUACAUAUGGUAUGUUGUAUCUGAACAGGUUAGCUUACGAGCUAAAGUUACUUAGCACAGAUGAAAGUUAAAACAAAGACGUCUAGCAAACUGUUAAAGCACACAAACCAUCGUCAUAUGAGAAAUCUGACGCUAUGACUCUGCACAAGUUGUCCUUCAGGUCGUUAUCUUUGUAAUGUUUGUGUCUUUUAUCAAAAAGCACUCUGUUCUCCGACACGUAAACAAUCAGCCGGUCGGCCAUGUUGGAUAUACCGGUGAAUCAGACGUCGCAACAACACACAAUCUGAUUGGUCAGAAGUGGACACACAGUAUGCAAAACUUUAGAAAAAUCGACCGUGAUCCGAAAAAAUAAAUGCCGCAAUAUCGCAGGACGGGAAAACGUCGCUGAUGUGAACACUUGUAUUGACAGGAUACAAGUUCGAAAAAAAAUAUUGACGUCCGAAAUAACUGCAUGAAAAAACGGUCCCAGUGCGUAAGGACCUUUAAUCUGACGUAAACAGUUAAAUCUAAUCCUGUAUCUUUGACAUUUUAACAUGGGGCUCUAUUGGGACUGGUCACAGGCACAGCCUCUAGUGGACUCACUGAGAACAGUAUAGAUAGAAGUUAAGCUCCAUUUUGUUUUCAAAAACCAAAAUUAUGUCAGCAAUGUUUCAGACGAGACAAAGAAAACAUUAUGCCAGUUGAAUCAAGAUUAAAGUGUAAAUUAUUGAUAAGAAUUAUGAAUCUCAGAUGACCCAGUAUAGACCCCUGUGGAACACCGUUUUACAUAUUUUAAAGCUGAAAGACAAACCACUAAUGUAGAGACUUUCAGCUAUUUUAGAGCCCUGAUGAUAAAAGUUUAAGAUGAACUUCAGUUUUUAAGAUUUCUGCCUUAACAUGUAUUUUUCAGCUCAUGAGUUUUUAUAUUUUUUUAAAUUCAACCAAAAUAUCCCUAAGUUGGACACUUGCUGUGUCUGUACAGAGUUUAUUAGUGUAUAUGGAUCCACUCUUUUCAAUGUUUGAUAACAGAGGAUGAAAUGAACAUCUUGUAAAUGAUCAUAUCAGAAACACCCCACCUCAGAUAACCCCUCUUGUUCCUCUGUUAGUGCUUCCUGUGGUCAUUUUAGACCUCUAUGAGGUGGUUUUCACUGUGUGUCCUCUGCGGUGUGGAAACAGAAAAUCCCCUUAAUUGCUUUACCUUCAGGACGAACGGUUUGUCUCUUUGCCCCUAGCAGAGAGGACAGUACAGAGGCUUCAAUAGCCCGCUGUGAGCGACACAAAUGUCUCUGAGAGGGGGGGGCAGUGUGAUGGUCUGCAUGGACGCCCUGUUGGUUAAGUGAGUCACAUUAGCGUGUUGAAUUGAUACAGCACUGCUCGGCCCCUGCAGCUACAGCCUGACCACACGGCAAAUUAAAGCCGUCAUAAAGAUUUCACAGAGAUGCUGUGAGGAUGUUCAGAGACGUCUGAGGCCUCCGAGUGUCCUUCAGAGGCAGAGAGGAGUUUAUUUUCUGUUGUUCAGCACUAACAGGGACGUUUUCACUCUGUGGAGCAAAGUUUGUCAAACAGACGGAGGAGACAAAACUGACCUGAACUUGAGGACAGGCGGAAAAUAAUGACUGAAAACAGAAACUGGAGUGAAACAUUUGAUAAUACUUUGACGUCACCAUUUUAAGGUUACUUGAACGGACACUACAUUUGGACCAGAACAAAAAUUAAAUGAUACUUUAAAGGGAUAUUCUGGCGUAAAAUUAAGUUAGGGUCAAACGCACCGUAGCACUGAGUUAGACACCCCCUUGAGAGAUGAAUGUUGCCGACUGCUUGCUUCUCGAUUAUACCAACUUUAGUAACGACCUCAUAGCAAUACACAGUGGUCUACAUCUCCAUGCGCAUGCCUCCACACACCAUUAAUUAUUCCACACUGCAGACGUGGUGGUUCUUCUGCCUCAGUGUCUCGGUCUGAUUGCAUUUCCGUGAAGUUAUAAUUAUAAAUGUUCUUCCUUGAGCUGCGAAACUCCACCGCACUUGGUGAUCGACUCGUCAGGGCUCCCCCACAAACAAGCGGCUGCUGGAGGAGAGUGGGUGAGUUGUGUUUGGUCUCUUUGCUAAAGAAAUCAGGCGAAAUAAGUGAAAAAGAUGUUUGGUGGCUGCUAUGGUUAGGACCCUAUAUAUACUGUUGAUGAAGUUAGGUGCUGUUUUGCGCUUUAUUUGUGGCUAUAGAGUGGCUUUUUGGUUCAGGUGUGCAUGUGGAGACGUAAACCACUGUGUAUUGCUAUCGCCCGGUCGUUGCUAAGGUUGGUAUAACUAGAGAAACAAACGGUCGGCAACAUUCAUCUCUCGAGGGGGUGUCUAACUCGGUGUUACGUGUAAUUGACCAGAAUAUCCCUUUAAAAUAGAAACUUGGGUGCCACUUUCAACAACUUUUAAUGCAAAGUGAAUCUUAUUAAGUCUAUAUUUAACAUAUAUGGUAAAGGAUUCUUUUAAAUAGUCUCUAAACAUAAUUUUACAUAAAAUUUACUAAAGAAUUGUUAGAGGGUACCUUCAAACAGACAGGAAUUAGUUGCUGAAACCAGCAUGAAACCAAUUUUAUAAAAAGAUAGAAGUCACGUUUUACAAUCUUCAAGGGGUACCUCAAAACAGCAACUGGAGAGUACCUAAAAACAGAAACUAAGUGGCAACACAAACACGUACCUUAAAACAGUUAAGUGGACCAUUGAAAAUAGCUGCCAUAUGGUUCAUUAGAACAGAUACCCAACUGUGUCUAAAGGCCUCUAAGUAAUUAGGAUAUAGAGAGGAAACCUUUUAAUGAACUCUGAAUCAUAGCUCAAGUCAAAGCAUACCUAAAAGUAACUCAAAGAUAUUUUAAGGUGGAGUCCAAUGGAUACCUUUGAGCAUCAAAAAAGAUAUCUAAACAUGAACCAAAAGGGCACUUUUACUUACUCUCACUUUAAUUUUACACAACAGUAGACUGACUGUUUUUCAGUUCUGAUUAGACACUAGUGUUGAGAUGUCUGUCUGUCAUGAUAGCAUGUACUGAGUCAGAGUACCAGAUAAGCACAUUAAACUAUAAUCCAUGAACGUUAAGGUAACAACUGAGACCAAAUGGCGCUGUGACAGCAACGUGACUGAGUUUGAGACAGUGAGAAUACAUAUGAUAUGUUGUAUCUGAACAGGUUAGCUUAUGAGCUAAAGUUACUUAGCACAAAUGAAAGUUAGAGACGUUUAGCAAACUGUUAAAGCACACAAAACAUCGUCAUAUGAGAAGGAUACGGAUGCGAAAAAAAAAUAUUGACGUCUGAAAUAAUCACAUGUAAAAAACGGUCCCGGUGUGAAAGGACCUUCAGGCUGGGGGUACAAUUGCUGAGAAUGGUCCUGUGCAGCUGAAUGAGAUGCUAAAGGACUGUGAAAAGCUGCCUGUGUUUGACAGCUAGGAUUAGAUCAUGUACUGUAGGUGUCUAUGUAGAUUUUUGAGUGUUGAUCUCCGUGUCCACCUGAUCAUACAUGUUAUUUUUCGCCCAUCACGCCUGUUUCCUCUUAGACUGAUAAGUUUCACAGUUUUGUGUGUCUUUUGUCAUUUGCUGUCUCUUUCCUCUAAUCCCUGCUGAGAUUUAACUUCGUGGUUUCUGCUGUCACAUCAGGCAGAUUGUGAUCUGAUUUCUUGUAAUCUAUUUGAAAUGUCACAUUUCCAUCCCGCCUCGUAACCUGUAAAAAAAAAAAAAAAAAAAAAAGAGGUGUGAAUGUAAAAGAGAAACUUGCAGAAAGGUGCAGGUUAAUAAGCUUUCUAUUUGUACCCUCAGAGCUGAAAAGGUCAGUAAUUAUCUUGUUGAACUGAGCAAACUCUCCUGAAAUGUCUUAAUUUUAUGAUUCACAGGUAAAAUGUCAACCUCUCAUACAAACUAUUUCCUAUAACAUUAUUAUGAGUUCAUUAUUGGAAUGUUUCACUUUUUCUUUCCUGAUUUAACACAGAAACUUUCUGCUGUCUCUCCUCCAUCCUCCAUCUCAUCACCUCUCUUCAGCCUGUCGAUAUGUCACACCUCAGUCCGUCAGGGUCCAAUUUCUGCUCGUCUGAAAAUAUCAUUUCAUGGGGACAAAAUGGAGUUUGUGUAUGAGAAAAGCGCAUUGCCGCGGGCUGUGUUUCUGUCAGCGUCACAUGUCUGAGGCCGUCGUUUUUUCCUCUCCUCGCUGUCUGCUUCUCCUCGGCAUCGAUCCGUCUACAUUAGACCUCUGAGAGAGUCCUCUGACAGAUGUUUGCAGCUGUUUUUCCUCCUCAGUUCCGAUUGUGACUCGCCUCGAGCUGCAGAAAUCCAUUUAUCCCUGUCUGCUCAAUCACCUCUGAUGUCCAGACUCUGUUCUUGUUGACGGGGUUUCCUGAUGAAGGCUAACACCCCCUCAGGUCCUGUUCCUCACAUGUCUACAACCAUAGAGAGAGUAUUAAUUUAUGUUCUACCUCCUCAGGAGGCAGAGGGUUCAUCAGAUACAUUGAUUUUCCAUCCUUUAGCCUAUUAAUGAAGAAUGAUUUUCUCAGCUGCCCAUCAAUUUUCAGAUUGAUUUUGUUUCCAGGUGGCUCUUAGUUUCCAACAAAAUCAGCAAAAACAAAGAGCUCACAGUGAAUAAUUCAUGAUAUCAGUAAGUGGUAGACAAACAACUCCUCUUUCUUACAAUGCAAAUUACCGUUUUUUUGUUUUUUUUAACAACCACAGAAUUUCACUUUUGUGUUUAUCCAAAGUUUUUUUCCCCAUAGCUAUCAAAAAAAGAUGAUUAAUUUUUGUCCACAAGCAGUGCUGUCACUAAAAUCCACCAAAUCCCAUUAAUAAAAACAGUAAUUUAAUUGCACAGAGCACAGGAGUUUCUCAUUAAUCUCUAUCACCAUCAGUUUGUUUGUUCAUGCUGUUUUGCUACCCAUGAGUUUUUAAUGGACUACUUAGGAUCAAAUGCAAAACUUAAAAGUGAAUUACACCAGCUGAUGGAGGCCGAGGUGGUCCAGCAACUCCAGCUUUCAGUGAGGGAUGAUUUUUGUUUUUGUCAAUGAAGUCUGGUGGUUUAGUAAAGAAGAAAGAAGAGGGUUUUUGCUGCUGCCCUUCCUUCUCAACCCCUCUUUCUAUUUAUACUGUGUCUGGUUUUACUGGUGUCCUUUGGAUUGUCACUGAUAUUGCGGUGUUCUAUACCUCCAGAUCUUUGCUGCUGCUCUACCUGUCUUUGCUUUUAAUGUACCCUUAUAAAACUGAGGGGAGGUGUGCUCUCCCCUCCUCAGGCUUUGAUACUCAACAAGCACAGACAGAGGAGCAGGGAGCAGUCAAAAAACAGGUCUGGUCUUUUCUGCUGCUCUCCCUGUCUUUGCUUUUUAUAUAUGUACAUUUAAAGGAGAGGAUGUGCUCUCCCUGCCUGGAGCAUUGGCAUUUCUUCAAAUGUGCAAGCUCUCAGAAUAGAGCCUUACUACAAAAUGUCACUUAAUGCAUGAACAUAAUAAAAUCUCCCUAAUGAGAAAGGUCCUGACUGAAACACAGAUUUAACUUUGGAGAUGGUGGGAGUUGCUUAUCUACUCCUUUCUCAAUCAGUUUUAAGUAUGAUUGUGGGACUUAAGCAUUUUCAAGUGAUCUCCAAGAACGAUUAACAGUUGUUUUUAUUUUGCUCUGUGACAUCUUUCUUGUUUUUUGUGUUUUAAAUGGAGACAAAAUUAACCUCAUGGACGCACUGCUGUCUGCAGGAUCUGUUUGAUAAUUUUUUUAUUAUUAAUUCUCUGUUUCCUAGAAACAUAAUAUAGAGUAUCACAUAUUCAGCAGUAAUACAGAGCGCCAUCAACAAACUGAGAGAAAAUAAGGUUUUGUGGAUAAAGAGGCGGCAGGAAUAGAAAGUGUCAGGUACGUUUAGGAAACCGUGUCCACCCGCCUGUGUCGUAUGCAGUCUAUCUUACAGAGGGGACAAAAUGAAUAAAUCUAUUUACUCACUCUCUCUCUCUGCAGAUCAUGGAUCACAGCACACUAACCACAGCAGCCUAGUCUGAAGUAACCACAUUUGCACAGCGAGGGUCCACCAUGCGUGCAGUUUAGCUGAUUUAGGAGCAGACAGAAGAAAAAAAAAAUAGAGGAUAUAAAAUCUUUUUAAGUUUUCAACACUUUAGGUUGUCCUAUCAAGAAAAAGAGAAAAGCCCUAAAACAUAAUUUAAUAAAUAUAAAUUAGUGUAUGCACACAAACAAAAUCAAAGGAACAUUUUUUAUAAAAAUGGAGAUUUGGAGAACCAAACUUUUUGUGUAACAGUGAUUUUUGUGGUUAAAGGAAAACAACAUUCCUAUCAUAAAACAAAACCUUACAAUGAAAAAGAGAGUUUUUGAUUCGCAAACACUUUUUUGUAUAUUUUCUACCUGCAGUUGUUUCUCUGUGAUGCUGUCGUUGAUUUGAGAGGAAAUGUUAGUUUGCAAAAACAAGAAAUUGUGUUUUCCAAAUACUUUACUACACCAGUCCCCUAUUUUUUCGUCUCUAAAUUUGUAUUUGACAACAAAAUCUUGUAUCUACAAACAAAAAAAAAACGUUGCAAGUUUUUUGAUUGGCCUCAAUUGAGAUUUAAAAGCAAAAAUGUUUUAAUUUGCAAACACACAUUUACAUUCUUAAAAAGUUGUUGAUUUGUUGAUAAAAGGUGACAACAUAACAGAUAAAAACUCUUCCUUGCUACUUUUUAUUACAGGUGUUUAAAAUCAAAUGUUGCUAAUUCCAGUGUUUGACCCGCAGACUAAACUUGAUAGCUUGACGUUUGAUAACAAAGUUGUACACUUACAAAGUUUUUACCUGCCAAAAAAAGAAUAAAAACAACUACUACUAUCAAGAACAAAAGUGUUUUAUUUGAAAUUUUAAAAAAAAAGUUAUCUGAUUUAUCGGCUUAAGAUCAUAUCAUUGUUUUAACAGCAGUUUAAAGUUUUUCAUGUUGUGUUGUUUCACUUGUAAAAUCAGUUCAUUGUACAUCUGUGAAGUUUUCUUUUUUAACUUCCUCAGUUUGGACAUAGAAACUCUAACAUCUCUCACUUUUUAUGUGUGAUUCAGACCGUAAAUAAUGAGAAAACAAGCUUUCUACAAUUUUCCAACCUCCCCAGAAGUUUCUGUUUCUGUCACAAACCGUCCCGAUAACUACAUUUGUUGACAUUUGACUUCCUCUGAGUUAAUUUUCUUCUCCUAUUAUCUCAGGAAAAAGAAACCUAAGCCCUGUUCUCCUCCAGUCGGCUCACACAAUGGAGCCUCAGACGUCUGAUAACUUUGUCAUUUCUAAUGUUUGCAGUCACACAGCUGAGUGGCAGCGGCGUGGGGGGCGGUAUCUGCACACAGAGCGGCGAUUAAAGCCCCGAGUACCGAGUCUUUCCUGUCAAUCCCAUUGGCUCCUGGUUUGACUGUGUUCUCCCUCCAGAGAAAAGCUGAUUAGACUUUUCUUUGGGUCUAAUUGAGGUUUGCUCUCAUUUGUAGCUGAGAGCAGCAAACAGAGUGAACAAACAGCUUCUUAACAUGGAUUUAAACACAAAACAUCACAGAGUUGCACGAGAAAAGACUCAAAUAGAGAGAGAAAUAAUGCAGACAGAAAUAAUACUCCGAUUUAGAAAAGUUUCUGGGGAGAAAGUUAGCUCACAAUUAAUUUGAUGCUGAAUGAACUUCUGUUGUAAAGUUACACAUUUUUGGAAAAUUUGUUCAUACCUUGUUAUUCAUUUGGCAUACUUGUAAAUAUACUUUUGAAAUUAAUUAAUAAGUUUGUUAUUUUUAGAGUGUUUUUUUAAAUUAUUAUUAUUAUUCAUAUCAGGCGACAAAUUCUAGUAUACCUCAGUCCUGUCUCGUUUUUUCAGCUUCGUCAUCCGAGUACUUUUGCCUACUCAAUUUUCACAUACUAUCCAUACUUUUUUCCAUUUUGCGUUGAGUAUACUCAAAAUUUUAAGUGUUUAGUACUGGAAGUAUGCGAUUUGGGACACACCAUGAGUCUUAUUUUUCACAUUCUUAAGGGUCUAAAUGAUGAAUAUGAUCAAGUAAUUGUGGAAGCGUGGCAGUAGAUUUUCACGUUUCUGUGUUUAUGGCUCAAAUUGCAUUGUAAGUUCACUGAGUCAAAGUGUCGCUGUCUGUGGUGCUUAAACUGAAAUUUCAUAUUUUUUUAAACAUGUUUGAACCAUCUCAGAAUAAAACCUGAAACAGCUUCAGACUUCGUUAUUUUUGCAACAGAACACUAAGCCCUCUGUUCUGACACAUCUUUAUAACGCGUGUUUGUUGAUAAUUUAAGUUUUUUAUUCAUGAUGUGGUAAAGUUUCUCUGAGCUUAGAUUGUAAUGGCUUUCCCCUUUCCUCGGUGCUUAGUCACACAGUGUAGCAGUGAGGUCAGUUUUUUUUCUCUGAGAUGUAAAAAAGCAUAAAGAAAAGCAAGUUUAUUAAUCAGGUCACAGUGAUGAGGACUGAGAUGUCAUUUCAACAGCGAUGACAGUCAUCGUCUCAUAAUUUCUGCGUCCUCAGUUUAGUUGUUUGUGUCAAGUAAUGGCGUGCAGAGCAACAGCUUCCUGAUUAGAGCUGAAAAAUAACAGUACCUCCAUAUCUGUUAUCAGUCAGACGGAUGAGAAGGUGAAUGAGACAGAGAAAGGAGUAAAAGAGGAGUUCAGGCAGUGAGGAUGAGCCUGUUAAAAGGGGGGAAAUGUUGGCAUGGCUUCUCUAAAUCAGUAUUGUAGUCAGAUUUAGAAUCAGGAUUAUUGCUGAGUGGAUUUACAUGCACGGUUAGAUCCACUUUAUUCAAAGAGAAUGAUUUAUGUCAUGCAGUAAGUUAGAAAUGGCAGUUUGACUCUGCCCUGAGUGCUCCCUGCCCUUUCACGUGCAAAUGUUGAACGGCAAAGCUCGUGGCAGGGGGAGCACACCUCCUCUCUGUUUUAUGUGCGUACAUUAAAAAAAAUCUAAGCAGGAAGAGCAUCAGCAAAGACCCCCAUGGUAUGAAACAGCAUUGGAGACAAUUCACAUGGCCUUGGUAAAAUCAUUAAGAAGGAGCUGGGUGAGGCAGGGAGAGCAGCAGCAAAGCAGUUUGCAAAGGAAGCAGGAAUCUUAUCUACUGAUGUAGGCUGUUCAAAUUGUUCUUAUUAUAAACUAAUAUCUGCUGGGUCUUUGCGUUAUCUUCAUUUUCUUUCUUUUGCACUUUCAAAAAUCGUCACUUUCUGACCAUAUUGUGUCUCCUGUGUGUUUCCUCCAGGUCGAGUUGGAGCUCGAGUUCUUCGAAACCAGCAGAGGCUGCUCUCAAGGGAGGGGGACGAAGUAGACGCCAUGAGUAAGUCUGUUUUUUCUAAAUUCGCUUCAGUCAAUAACAGAAUCAGAUUUUAGUGUAUUUUAGCAUAUUUAAAGGUACAGAGAGGUAGGACUGGGCGAUUAUAAGAUCGGGAUUAAUGAUCGUGAUAAAUUUCAGUUCGAUCACGGUGAUCAGCUAUGAAAAUAUUUACUCGAUCUAACAUGGCGAAAAUGUGCGUCACAACAGCCAAUCAGAGUCUAGCUUUUACUGCUCACUUCUGUAAGUUGCUGUACAAGUAAACAGAGUAACUGAAUGAAGAGCUGAGUGCAGUAAAAUAGCUGUCAUCCUCCAAAGAUGUUAUCCUCCAAAGAUGUUACUGUAGUAUUUAUCUAUUUAUUUUUUAGUUUAAGUACAGAUGCUUUAAAACUGGCAGUUACAAUAAAAUUGUGAUAAUGAUCGAGAUUGGACAAUAUGACAAAGUAUAUCGUGAUCAUGUUUUUGGCCGAAUCGCCAGAGAGGUAUACUGAGCUGAAAACUUUGUGCUGUUUGUUGUCUGUUCGUCUCCUUUAAAACGCCCCGUCCAAUCCUCUCUGCCAGCUCAGGAGUUGAAUCAGGGUUAAACCUCGAGGUCAGGGUGUAUCUCCUGGUAUUUCAGUCUAUUUCGAUGGCUUGCCCCCUUUUCUCUGGACAAAAAGCUUCUUAAAGCCCCUCGAGCCCCUUCUGAUUUGGAACCUUGAUCUAUUUCAGCCCUAAAAUCACCCAACCCAAAAUAACCUUGAAUCAGACUGUUUGGGGGUAAAAAUUGGAUAAAGCAUGGAUUUCAGUGAAGGGAAAUAAGCAGGGUGAAGAAAGUCGAGUAACUGACUGGUUUCCAGGCCUGAUUUUGUUCUUAAAUCUGAUCAAAAGUCAUAUAUUUGUAAAAAUGUAUGAUUAAAACAAUCUAAAAAUGAAGGUGUUGUGUUUGCAAUGCCUUGAGUCUCAGUAGUAUUGUUCUGUCAGUACAUUCUAUACAGUCAGGACAUUGUUAUGAUUCAGCUUUAUUUGUUAUCCGUAGCUCCACAGCUGUAGGUUGAAUUUCUGGUCUCUACCCAUCCGUAAAGAAAUGUACUUCCUUGUGUUGGAUGUUUGCUCUUGUUGGCCACUGUAGAAUUCCUCUCCCUGUUUUCUUUUCUGGAAAGCAAACUGAAAUCAUUGGGGAGAGUAUGUGGAUUAGAGAGCCGACAUGUAGCAUUCAAGGUUAUUUGAGGGUGUUUUCCUAAAAUCCCAGAGUAUCAGACUAACCUGACAGAUGGAGAAGAAACAUUCAGACCCGCAGAUAUUUGACCUUGCAGUUCCUGCCUCCUGUACCCUGUCAGAGUUAGUGUCUUUGCUUCAUGUGAAUAUUUCAGCUCGCUCAGUAACAAUACGAGGAUGUUUCCUCCUCCCGGCAGACCUUUAAUCAGCCCCUCUCUUGUUGCUCAGGGUUUUUCAGCCAUUGUGUUCUUCCUAUUUGAAUCCCGUCCUCCUUUAGCUCACUUGUUUUUCCUCUACAGUCGUCAGCCUGGCUCUGUCCAUCACUGUGGUUACUCUGUGGUUAGGGGAGUGACUCAUGUAGAGUCUUUUUCAGAACGGAUGACGCCGACAUUUUAAUGCACCUUACCAAAACUGAACCCACUGCAGCGCCAGUUUAUUGGUAAAACGUCUUUAGGUUGUUUUCAGACUGAAUGGAUGAGUCCCACGCUGUGAUUUGUUGAAGUGUCUCUGCUGUUUUUCUUCAGGCCUUAUUCUCUCCUCUCCUCACAAACUCAAUAAAGUAUAGUAUCUAUCUAUCUAAACCUGCAUUUAUCGGAUGUUUUCUAUCCUGAGCACCCAAAGGAGUAACCUAUCGAGCUUUUGCUGGAGGAUGUUAUAAAUGGAAAUUUACUCUAACUUCCAUCGGCUUUGUUAACAGGGUCAGGCGAUAUGUGUUUCAGCAGCAAGUAAACACUAGAAACUAAAGGAUAGAGAGAUUUAUGAACAUAGUUUCUGCUGUUAAGUUUUGCAGCAGCAUAUCACUGGAAUUAAAGAAUCGGUUUUACUUUAAUCAAAAAUGUUUAAAAUGUUGUCAACAUUUCCACCAUGCAUAGUAGACCAGUAACCUUGUACUUUGAUGCUCAAUGAGUCCAGGAUGGAGAAACACACAUCACUUGUUCAGUUACAAAGAGAGAUAAAUGAAUCUCUAAAUUUUACAUUUACAAGAUCCUGCAACGAAGGCAUUGUGAGUUACUCUUUCUGGGCACCGCAGGUUCCUGCAGCACAGAUGUUAAGGAAAACCGCAACUUGGACAACCUCUUCUCCAAAGAAGGGGUUGCAGCCGAGGUUGCUCAGCUUCCUAAUUGGAGUGCUGGGGGUGGGAGGAAACGCCCCCUGGAGGAGGGCAAUAAUGGGCACACGCACUCCAAGUACAAACCCAAGAAGCGAAAGAAAGUGGCAGGGCCCGUCCUGCCCAAGAACGCCCUCAUGCAGCUGAACGAGAUUAAACCGGGGCUGCAGUACAAGCUGCUGUCUCAGACUGGGCCAGUCCAUGCACCCGUCUUUGUCAUGACCGUGGAGGUCAACGGGCAGCUCUUUGAAGGAUCUGGUCCCACCAAGAAGAAGGCUAAAUUGAACGCAGCUGAAAAGGCACUGCGAUCAUUCGUCCAGUUCCCAAACGCCUCAGAGGCCCACAUGGCGAUGGGUCGGACUCUGUCAGUCCACACAGACUUCACCUCAGACCAGGCUGACUUCCCAGACAUGCUCUUUAAUGCUUUUGAAACGUCGCCCUCUGUAGACGACCCUUUUUACCUCGCCUCCAACGGUAACGGCUCCUUCUGCUCUCUGGGGAUUGAGUACCCGCUGCUUCCCUCCCCUAUCCCAAACCUGAUCCAGCCCCCCUUACCUCCACCUCCCUCCACCUUUAUGCCCCCGACAAGUGGCAAGAACCCUGUCAUGAUCCUCAACGAGCUUCGGCCGGGCCUAAAAUAUGACUUUGUGUCUGAGAGUGGGGAGAGCCAUGCCAAGAACUUUGUCAUGUCGGUGAGGGUUGAUGCUCAGAACUUCCAGGGAUCAGGACGGAACAAGAAGCUGGCCAAGGCCCGAGCUGCCCAGGCUGCCCUGUCCGCUCUGUUCAAUAUGCAGCUGGAUCAGGCCCCGUCACGGCAACCCAUACCCCGAGAGGGACUGCAGCUUCACCUGCCACAGGUAAGAGCACAGGAGGCAAAUUACGAGUAAAAGAGUCCACCUGUCCACCAUCUGUCUGUCAUUUUCCUCCCAUCUUGAUUAAAGACAUGAUGGUUGGAAGAGAGACACCACUCUGCUUUGCAACCUGUGGAGUUUUUUAUUUUUAUUUUUUUAAAUCAAAAAAUAACAAAGGUGAUAUUCUCCCUCAUUAUUUGAUCAGAGACAGUCCUUUUUGGCAAGUAAAUAAUGAUGCAAAAGUCUAAACAUUAAGGGUUUUUCUUGUAGCUUUAACAAAUGCUAGACGGUGUUCCACAGGGGUCGAUACUGGGUCCUAUGAUAUUCAUUAUUCUUGUCAAUGACUUAUGUAAUCUUGUUGCAAAUUACAUUUUUAUGAAUACUUUUGCUUUGCAGAAUCUUUCUUGAUUCAUUUUUGUUUCUGAAAUUAAGUGAUAGCUAAGGUGCCAAAAGCUGCAGUUCCUCCAGAGUCCAGCAGAGGCAAUCUCCUGCAAUGAGUCAGUUCCUAUCAAGAGUCAUGUAAAAUUGUUACUGCAUAAAUAAACAUGUUCACAGUCUGGUACACAAACAGUUUGGAUCUCCUGUAAAGUUGGACAUUUUAAUAUGCGGCUCUAUAGGAACUAACUCACUAUAGGACACAGCCUCUAGUGGACACAGGAGGAACUGCAGCCUGUAGCGCUUCAGCUUCAAUUUUAGCCCUGUAAGUUUCCACUUGACUCAGGUGAAGUCACCUUGGCUGUUACAAAAUGCCUUAGUAGACCUAAAGCGUGUACAAACAUCACCCGUUAUGACCCACCUGUCAGAGUCUGACUAAAGAUGGAGAAGCUUCAGGAGAGUGUGACACACUGAGAAUCUAUUUACACGUAAACUAAUCCCUGCCUGUAAUCCCUGCACACUGAUAACAAAGACGCUAUCUUAAUUAGCAUCUCCCUCUGAGUGCUAUUCAAACUCUGCCGUUCAUUAUAGCAGCCUCUGCGGUCCCUCACAGAGCAGGCAGCCAAGCAGGGAUCUGACUGUUUUAAGCUGCUCACAUAUCUGCCUGUCAUUCACACCAGAGCUGCGUUUUUAAUUGAAAUAUUCAGAUAUAGUUUCAGAGCAGAUAAGAGGAGCUUUCACCUGCUUUAUAUUAGACUGAGGUGUCAAUGUUAUCCUUUCUUCAACAUUUUUACUGUAUAAUAACAAGGACUGAGAAAUACAGUUAGGUGUAUACCUAGGCUUAAACACAACCUUACAUACAAGCCCAAUUUAAGGUGUCCUGUGUGAAAUGUCGAUAAAUGAUGAAUAAAGAAUUUUGAUCAUUUUCAAAUCAGAUAAUCCCUACAAUUGAUUGAAAAUUGUGCAAAGACAACAUAUUGGAUGUUUGAAAAAUAUAUGUAGGCUAUAUUCAAUAUUUAAUGCAGUAACACGUUUGUAAAAAGUGGCUCCUGGUUCCCUUUUUCUCUAUCACUCUAUAAACAUUUCUGGAGUUUAAAAGUGAAAUGUCCCAUUUUUGCCCAAUAGAGGAUUUCAGCUGCUCAACAGUUCAGGGUCUCCUUUGUUCCAUUUUUGGUGUCAUGGUGCUUUAAAGGUUUUCAAUCGGUGACAAGUCAGGAUUACAGGCAGAUCAGUUUAUCAGCAGGACUCUUCUACUACAGAGCCAUGCUGUUGUAAUCCCUGCAGAGUGUGGUUUGUCAUAGGGUUGGGUGAUAUGGACCAAAAGUCAUAUCCCAAUAUAUUUAGGCUGUAUAUUGAUAUAUGAUAAAUAUCCUGAUAUGGUUUUUGCAAAGUGAGAGCAAAUGUUUAGUCACAGUCAAAGCCAACUAUGACACGUCACAAGUAGUUACAUUUCCCCCUCUCUUUUUUUACUUUGAUAAACAGUUAGUGCUGUCUUCAAGGUAGACAUUAGAGGACAGACAAGUGUGUCCUUCUUUGUUUAAAGAUUAUGUGUGAAAAACACCAGCCUGUCAACUACAGCAUCUGAUAUUUGUAUAUCGUUAUAUGCGAUUUGGUCCAAUUCCAUAUCUCAUUUAAAAAUAUAUUGAUAUAUUUCUUAUACCGAUAUUUUUUGUCUGCGUUCAACAUGUUGGUGACAUCAAAUUUGAACCGGCUGAGAUUUUUCACAAACAGUCAGACUAACUUCUGAUUUUUUUUCUUUGUACUAUUUUAAAUAGGCUGGAAAUAAUUUUAAAGACAUCAUAAAGAGUCCUGAUUUUGGUGGAGUGAAAGGCUUUACAAAAUAAUAUAGUUAAAGCUAAAUUAAUCAAAUAAUCCUGCUGAAUUAAAACAAAUUUUCUCUUGUCUCCCCCUCAGGUCCUGGCAGACGCUGUUUCCCGUCUGGUCGUGGAUAAAUUCAGUGAACUGACAGAGAACUUUGCAUCCCCGCACGCUCGACGGAAAGUUCUGGCAGGCAUUGUCAUGACAACAGGUAAACCCCAAACUAAGGCCAAGGUGUUUUGAGGCUGCAUGUGGAGUAAAAAUGGGAUUGAAUGCUGGAAGCUGCAGAAUCAAGUGAUGAAGGGAUUUUUAUUGAGUCUGGAUCCUGCUGCAGAUUUUCAGUCCCGGGCUGUGAUUGUGGAGCUUUUGUGCUUUUAUGAAAUAUAUCAGAUCUAACCUGACUCUGACCCUGAACCACAAUUUUCACACACAAAGGGAGAUUACAAACAAAUCUCAAGGUUGAAAUAUUGCUGUUUAAGGUCGCUGGUUUACUUAAAAAGAAGAUGUAAAUAAAUCGCCAGAUCAAUCUGCCUCAGCUGCAAAUAUGUGAAAACUUGUAUGAGUCAUACUUUAGUCGUAGUCGUACUUUGUAUGAGUCAUGUAACGUCACUGUUAGACUGUUAUCUCUGUCCUCUGGGUUCAGGUACAGAUGUGAAGGAGGCGGAGGUGAUCUGCGUCUCCACAGGGACAAAGUGUAUAAAUGGUGAAUAUAUGAGUGACAGAGGUUUGGCCCUAAACGACUGUCAUGCUGAGAUCGUGGCUCGCCGCUCACUCAUCAGGUUCCUGUAUUCACAGCUGGAGCAUUUCCUCAGGUGAGAGCUGACAGGCUCACUCUGUCAUCUUUUAGUACAGUGGUUCUCAAGUCCAGUCCUCAAGGCCCACUGUCCUGCAUGUAUUGGAUGUUUCCCUGCUCCAACACACCUGAUUCAAAUGAUCAGCUCGUUAUCAAGCUCUGUAAUGGCUUAAUAACGAGCUCAUCAUUUGAAUCAGGUGUGUUGGAGCAGGGAAACAUCCAAUACAUGCAGGACAGUGGGCCUUGAGGACUGGACUUGAGAACCAAUGUUUUAGUAUGAAUACUGUGGUCUUUAUAAGUUCAGUGAAGUUCCUGUCAAGUCAGCGAGGAGAGCAGGCCCAUGAAACAGUAAAAUAAUCUAGAUAUUUUAAAUUUAUGUUGGUGUUUCGUUCUGCAGCUGAAUAAAACAGAACGUUUUUCCAAAUCUACAUGGAAAAAUUCUGAGAGAAAACUUAUCAGUCCAAUGAAAGAUUUUAUAAUGCAAGUGAAAAUAAAUAUUUAUAAACAAAAAUUGUCCGCAACCUAAAAUGUUAUCCCAAAACUUAGUUUUAGAAAAAAAAAAAAAAAAAAAAUCGUUUUUUUUUUCAUCUAAAACUUGAAUCAAAAGUUUUGUUUCCUAAUCCAAAAUUUUAGGUGUAAAUCAGUUUUGUCAUUUCAUAUCAAAACCUUUCUUAAUUUAAUUAAAAAAUAUAUCUAAGUUUAUUAUCAAAUGAUUUGUUUCGCAAAGACAUGUUUAGUUUAAAAAAUUCAGUGAACAAAUCAAAGUAAAAAAUAAGUAUUUGGUCAGCUAUUUCCCAAAAGUUUGACUGUUAAAUACAAACAUACAUUUAAGUUUUUCUCUUUUGAAUCCUUUUAUUUUGUUUAAGUAAUGUUGACAAAAGUGACUCCAUCAUUUUUCAGAAUUUUGAUAAAUAACUUUAAACUGAGGCUUAUUUUUUUACACAGUGCAGGAUUUCUCCCACACAGGUGAUAAAUCAACACAGACAUCUUAAGUCUCCCUUUUAGCCAAUCAGAGAGUUUGUGUGCUUGUAUUAUUAAAAUUUAGUAUUUACUUUGUGUACCUGUAUCAGUAAUAUUUUGUAUUUUCUGUCUCCAGUAAUCAGGAGGAGGAGCACCAGCGGUCCAUCUUUGUCCGCUGUGAUAACAGACAGGGAUUCAGACUAAAGGAGAACGUCCAGUUCCACCUUUACAUCAGCACCUCGCCCUGCGGAGACGCCCGGAUCUUCUCCCCUCAUGAAGCCGGGGUGGAAGGUGAGUUCAGGAGAAAUUCAGAUGUUUACCUGCAUAGAAAGGUGUGGCUGACGUUUGUGUCCUUUUUAUUGAUCCUCUCAGAUCAGGGGGAUCGACACCCGAACAGGAAAGCUCGCGGUCAGCUCCGCACUAAGAUCGAGUCUGGUGAAGGAACCAUCCCAGUCCGGUCCAAUAACACCAUCCAGACCUGGGACGGAGUUCUGCAGGGGGAGAGGCUGCUCACUAUGUCCUGCAGCGACAAAAUUGCUAGGUCAGUGUGAUACCCUGGGGGUCUUUGCUGGUGCUCUCCCUGCCUCAGCUUUUCAUAUUUAUGUAUGGAAAGGAAACAAAAGAGAGAUGUGCUCUGUCUGCAGCAGGCUUUGUUAUUCAACUUACCCAUGUGAAAGGACUUGAAGCUUUUAGAGCAGAGUCAUACUAUGAAAUAUCCUGGGGUCUUUGCUGGUGCUCUCCCCACCUCAGCUUUUUAUAUAUCCGUAUAAAAAGGAAACAAAAGGGAGAUGUGCUCUGUCCGCAUCAGGCUUUCUUAUUCAACUUACCCACGUAGAAGGACUAGAGCAGAGUCAUACCAUGAAAUAUCCUGGGGUCUUUGCUAGUGCUCUCCCUGCCUCAGCUUUUCAUAUUUAUGUAUGGAAAGGAAACAAAAGGAAGAUGAGCUCUGUCCGCAUCAGGCUUUCUUAUUUAACUUACCCAUGUGGAAGGACUGGAAGCUUUAAGGGCAGAGUCAUACCAUGAAAUAUCUUGGGGUCUUUGCUAGUGCUCUCCCUGCCUCAGCUUUUCAUAUUUAUGUAUGGAAAGGAAACAAAAGAGAGAUGUGCUCUGUCUGCAGCAGGCUUUGUCAUUCAACUUACCCAUGUGAAAGGACUUGAAGCUUUUAGAGCAGAGUCAUACUAUGAAAUAUCCUGGGGUCUUUGCUGGUGCUCUCCCCACCUCAGCUUUUUAUAUAUCUGUAUAAAAAGGAAACAAAACGGAGAUGUGCUCUGUCCGCAUCAGGCUUUCUUAUUCAACUUACCCACGUAGAAGGACUAGGGCAGAGUCAUACCAUGAAAUACCUUGGGGUCUUUGCUAGUGCUCUCCCUGCCUCAGCUUUUCAUAUUGAUGUAUGGAAAGGAAACAAAAGGAAGAUGAGCUCUGUCCGCAUCAGGCUUUCUUAUUCAACUUACCCAUGUGGAAGGACUGGAAGCUUUAAGGGCAGAGUCAUACCAUGAAAUAUCUUGGGGUCUUUGCUGGUGCUCUCCCUGCCUCAGCUUUUUACAUUAUUGUAUAAAAAGGAAACAAAACGGAGAUGUGCUCCGUCCGCAUCAGGCUAUCUUAUUCAACUUAUCCACGUAGAAGGACAAGAGCUUGGUGAAUUUGGUUGGUUAACAUUUGGUUAAUUUGCCAUGAGAGUUUAUUUUAUUUAUUUUGAAUCCAGCCGUUUGUUCAUAGCUGCAGAUUAAAACAUUUUAUAGCUACGACAUGCAGUGAAAGGGCAAAACUUUAUGUUUUUAACCUAAAUGUGUAGAUUUAAGCCUGGACUCUGAAUCUCUGCAGCUGCAGACCAAACUAUUAUUAUUAUUAUUAUUAUUUAUUAAUUUUUAUUUUUUUUUAUAUUAUUAUUGUUGUUAUUAUUAUUACUAUUAUUUGCUUUGAUUAUUGUUACUGUUGUUUUGAAUGUUCUCAUUUUGUUAGUUUGUUUGUUUGUUUUCAGUUUGCUUUCUUGUGUUGCACGCAGGUUCAAAAAAAUAUAUGUAGUUAAAUUAAUAUACAAAUAAAUUUAAACAGUUUUCUUAUUAUGAAACAUCACCAUCUUAUACAGUUUACAGUGGCUCAGGUGGUAAAUAAAUCAGUGUGAUGUAUAAUCCAGCUUUGACACGAACUGAAGUUUCCCUCUUCACUGUAUUAAACACCGCGCUGCAGACCCACUCCAGGCCUGAAGGGUUUUUUUGAGCCGAACAGCAGGAUGCCUGGUGAUUAUGUGCAUGUUUGAAGAGGCUGAUUUAUCUCUGCAAUCACUCAGUCAGGUGUCAUCGGGCCUGCAGCGCCCUGAUUAGGCUGCCUGAUGAAUCUACAGGAGGCUGCUAACAGCUCGGGACUCCUCUGAGCUCCAAUCAGAUCCAGAGGCUUAGUUUGAACAGUGAAGGUUUUUGCAGAUUUCAAUGUUUGUGAACCUCCUUCGACUCGGCUGUUUACUAAAAAAUGACCAGAGGACCCUUACGGAUGAAUCUGUGGUUCUGUCCCUGUUCAGGUGGAACGUGGUGGGCUUUCAGGGCUCUCUGAUGAGCUACUUCACUGAGCCCCUCUACUUCUCCAGCAUCAUCCUGGGCAGCCUGUACCAUGCAGACCACCUCUCACGAGCCAUGUACCAGAGGAUUGCUGAGAUCGAGGACCUGCCACCAUCCUUCAGCCUCAACAGACCACUGCUCAGCGGUGAGAAAAACGGACAUGAUGCUUAUUCUACACCAGUUUUACACACAGAGGGCCUGAUUUAUCCAACCCAGGAUGCAUCUUUAUUUCGCCUUCUACAAUAGUUCAUAUCUUAUGUACUGUGUCUGUAUUUUACAGGAAUCAGUAAUGCAGAGGCACGUCAGCCUGGGAAAGCUCCAAACUUCAGCGUGAACUGGACUGAAGGGGAUCAUGGUCUGGAGGUGAUCAAUGCCACCACGGGAAAAGACGAUCUGGGUCGACCGUCCAGACUCUGCAAACAUGCUCUGUAUAGCCGCUGGAUGCGCCUGCACUGCAAGGUAACAUGCUGAUUUGAUCUCAACUGUGGAGUGGAUUGAUGAUUUCAGAAGACUGAUCCAUAUUUAGAAAUUCAAAUCCCCAACUCGCCGUAAGAAAAAUCUUUUCAGAAAGGACACACAAGAAGAUUUGAGGUCCUUCUGACAGCCUAUUUUGGACUAAAAAGCCACUAAAAAAAACUUAAAAACCUCAAAGCAGAGCCAUACCAUCAAAAAUUACUUCAAAUUCAUGCAAAUAAUAAUUCUUGGAACUAAAGUGCCUCUUAUUGAACUUUUUGAUGCUCUUCGCUGUUUUGUUUGCUGUUCUCGUGAAAAAUUUCUGUCAAACUUAACAAAUAUCACUUAUCUAAUGACAAAUUAAUAGUAAAAUACUGUUUUUUUUCUCAAUAGAAACACCUUGUAUUAACAUAAAGCUGUUAUAUUAGAUUGAGUCACAACUUCUCAGUGGUCUGUAGAGUCUCUCUUAAAGCUCCUGUCAGGAUUUUAAGGUUUGAGACAGUUUUGGCGCCCACCUGUGGACAAAGUGUUUAUUGCUGAUUUUGUCCUGUAAAUGUGAAAGUUGUGUUCAUUAAUGAAACUUUUAUUAUUCUCUCUUGUUGAUGGUCUUGUUGGCUUGAGUUUUAAGGUCCUUACACACCGGGGCCGACACGAAUAUAGAACGCAAAAUCCCAAAAUGUUCGGUGGCGAAUUUUGACGCGCUUGACUAUACACAUCAAGCCCGAUGCGAUUUUGCGACUUUCCAGGGGGAAAAAGACUUUCCGGGCUGGAACUGAACCACGGUCGCUGAUUGUUUUCGGUUCUGAUUAGACACUAGUGUUGAGAUGGCUUUCUGUCAUGAUAGCAUGUACUGAGUCGGGGCCAGUACCAGAUAAGCACAUGAAACUAUGGUAACAACUGUUAGCUUACGUUAGCACAGAUGAAAGUUAAAACAAAGACGUUGAGCAAACUGUUAAAGCACGACGCUAUGACUCUCCACAAGUUGUCCUUCAGGUCGUUAUCUUUGUAAUAUUUGUGUUUUUUUAUCAAAAUAGCACUCUGUUUCCGACACGUAAACAAGCAGCCAGUCGGCCAUGUUGGAUAUACCGGUGAAUCCGACGUCGCCACAACACGCAAUCUGAUUGGUCAGAAGUGGACACACAGUAUGCGAAACUUUAGAAAAAUCGACCAUGAUCCGAAAAAAUAAAUGCCGCAAUAUUGCAGGACGGGAAAAUGUCGCUGAUGUGAACGCUUGUAUUGACAGGAUACGGGUUCAAAAAAAAACAAUGACGUCCGAAAUAAUCGCACGACAAAAUCGGUCCUGGUGUGAAAGGACCUUCACAGAGGCAUUACAAUAGUGUUCAGUCUGUUUCAUAACCACAUAAAAACGUCCUCACAGGAGCUUUAAACUCAUGACACUGUUUUUUAAACAGUUUAACUCUUUUAUCACCUUCACAGUUCAGUUGUGUGUCUGUGUCUUCGUCCCUCAGCUGUCCUCCACCCUGCGGAUCAGGACAGCGAGACCCAGCAGCUACCACGAGGCCAAGCAGGCGGCGGUGGAGUACCACAGCUCCAAGCAGACCCUGUUCAGAUCCUUCCAGAAAGCCGGACUGGGAGCAUGGGUGAAGAAACCCAUCGAGCAGGACCAGUUCACCCUCAACACCUGAGUCGAAACUUCCUGAAACUCUCUGAAACAAGAAUAAUCCUCUUUUGGAUCAUCAUGAACCGGAUUGAAAUCUGCAGAUUAGAACUCCUCCUUCCUCUCAGCCAGCACUCAAACAGAUUAUUCAGACAGUUAUGCAACUUUUUACACGGACACACAUACGAACUGACUUCCUCUAAAGGAGAAGAGUUUACUCAUCCAAACCAAACCCAUGUCUUUAUGUUCACGAUCUUCAACUCAGAUUAUCAGUGUGAUGAUAAAUCUUGAAUGUCAGCCUGUUUUCUGCUGCAGCUCUCUGACUGCAGGACGCCGCCACGUUCGUUCAAUCAUUUGAAACCGAGGUUAACACUGAGCGCGUUUUCGUAUUUUUCCAAACAAAAGACAAAAGGAGCUCAGCAUGGCGGGCUUCCCUGUGCUGUUUUCUCUCCCAUAUAUCAAACUCAUAGCAGCUGUUUUCCUCUAAUGUCUUGCUCAGUGAGUCUCAUUCAUGAAGAUUUUGUUACUCUGUGUGACUAACACUUCACCCGAUGUAUAAGUACGGUAGAAAACUUGAAUUUGAUUGUAGGCCUGUAAGUAUGUUUAUGAAUGCUGACAAAUCACAAAUUGACUGCAUGUUCCCACUAGUCAGCAUGAAGUAAAAAUCUCUGCGCACUAAUAGUCAAUGCCCACCAUAUAAGGACGUGUGGAUAUGUUCUUCCUGUGGACCGGUGAACUUUUCAGACGCAAAGAUUGAGGAUGUUUUGGGUGAAGUGAAAUUCAGAGAAAAUUUUUUGUCUGCCUCUGUGAGGGGUGAUGUGAGUCCCACCUUCAGAUCAGAGUUAGUCUGCUCUGUAACAGCUGGAGUCGCUGCGUGGCCUUCAUUAUAAACUAGGGUCACAGCUUCAGUGGGUGACAUCUGUCUGCUUUGGAUAAACAGUUAGUUAGAGCCCUACGGUGUCGGGUAAAGAGAAAACUAUCAUCCACCUGCAAAUUUGUGGUUAUGGAUCACAAGUCCUGCACACGUCUUUUGAAGCUUCAUGUUUUUCUUUCUUGAAGAGCAUGGCUGGCUCAACACACACGAGGUAGAUCAACAGGCUGUAUUCUCGUGAUCUUUUGAUAAACCAUCAAUCUCUCACCGCUGAAUGAGUAACAGUGGAUGAAAACCUGUGUGGUUGUGAAUGUACACCAGUGGUUUUCAAGUCUAGUCCUCGAGGUCCACUGUCCUGCAUGUUUUGGAUGUUUCCCUGCUCUAACACACCUGAUUCAAAUAAUCAGCUCAUUAUAAUGGCUUACUAACAAGCUGAUCAUUUGAAUCAGGUGUCUUGGAGCAGGGAAACAUCCAAAACAUGCAGGACAGUCGGUCUCGAGGACUGGACUUGAGAACCACUGCACUAACGUCAUCAUAAGUGGAGACUGGGGGAAGCUCUACAGUUUUGCUUCACUUGUAGAGAGCUGUCAUGUCCUCCAUGUUUUUGUUCAGUUUCGAACCACCUGAUAUCAGAGGAAAACAGCCGCCAUGUUAAUUUGGCGAAUGGCUUUUGGUCCAUAUCGGCUCUUCCUUCAGGUUUCUGCCUCCUCUGUCUCCUCGGUCAUUUUCUCCAGUCAGACAACACCAAGCAGGAGCAAUACUUAUAGGUGUCCUGACACAACAGUGUAAGAAACGAUUUGUCCCUAUUUGAGAAAACAGGUAAAAGUCCUGCAGUGAGUGACUGUUAACUCUCUUUCUGUCAUAAACAAGGCCAGUAAAAAAUCACCAAAGAUGAUGUCAGUGUGUGUCAGAGUUUCAUAUCUACUCUGUUAUUGUUUUAUUCUUUCAUUGUCAUAAAAAAAGUUUGUCUUUUUGUGCAGAAUCACAGUUUACAUCACAAACUCCUGAAUUACCUGUUUCUGAACUCUCAGAUUUGUAAUCUUACUUAUUUCUGUUGCUGUGAAAGUCAGAACCUCAAUCACACACAAACAGGGUAUAUUGAACUUUUAAUGUAUUUAUUUUCUUGACAUGUUUUGAAUUUUUCUCUGUUUUAUUUCUAAAAUUGUGUCUCUGAGCAUGUGCAAACCUGUCUCUGUCUGACAGGGUAUAAAAAAAGGAGAAUCAGUACAACUCUAUAAUUCUGUUUUGGAGCAAAGGGAGGCUGUAAAUGGAGACAAAGGGACGAGUGAGAGCAGUCUCACUGGUUUAAGAUGGACUGUGAGGCCUGAUGCAUGAGCUGGAGCUGUAAAGCAUGAAAAUAUCGAACAUGUAGAAACAGAGACGAUUGAAUAAAAAGCUGUUCCUGUGAUCU